AUGAUGCUGUCUCAGCGGGUUGACCAUCCUGUGGCCCGCAGACAACCUGAGUUCAAACCAAGUUGGUCAUAUAUUGUACCCCUGAAGAAUGUAAGUUGUAGCAACAAGAGAAAACACAAUGUUGAAGCAUUUAUCGACUAGGGGAGAGAAAGAGAGAGAGAGAGGAAGAGAAGUAAAUAAUGUUACAGUAUGAAUAAUGAGCUGGGCCUUCACUGGCCUAAUGACAGAGACCUGCUUUAGAUUAAGCCCCUACAAACACACACACACACUCACAACCCUCAUGCAGCCACUCACAUACACACAGGAGAGCAGUGCAGGAGGCCGUAUCCGCUCUGAUAAUCUGUUGCCCCUGGCAAUGGGAUCAGAUUUGCUCUGCUCCAGGACAAUAGAGGGAGAAAAGGGAAGGGGAGAAAGACAGAGGGAGAAAUGGACUAUAGAAAGCAUUGGGCCAGUAACCAAAAGGUCACUGGUUCGAAUCCCCAAGAUGACUAGGUGAAAAAUCUGUCAAUGUGCCCUUGAGCAAGGCAAUUAACCCUAAUUGCUCCAGUAAGUUGCUCUGGAUAUGAGGGGGUCUGUGGUGAGUUAGGGUGCAGAGGGGGUCUGUGUGUGUGGUUGGUUGGGGUCCGGGGCUUGGGAGAAUGUUUCAGAAAUGUGAAUCAACAAUGUCCUCUGGGAGAUCACACCCCAGUCUCUCACGCAGUCUGCACUGCAGUAUGAACAUGGAGUACCGCUGCCAUCUGCUGGCCAAAUGACAACACAUCAGUUUCCUUCACAAAUGUAUUUUCAGUUCAAAGUUAAUGUUUUUAGAAGAUACAUUUUACACAUGAUGCAAUCAAACAUGUAUGGCAAUGCUUUUAAGGGACAUUAGUAUACACAAGCAGAAAAGUAUCAUAAAAGGUUUGAAUUCAGUUCAUGAUGCCAGCAGAAGAAAAUCUUUAAAGAAGCUAAAGUCCAUCAGUAGAAAAGUGAAUUCACAUUUACAUUUUAGUCAUUUAGCAGACGCUCUUAUCCAGAGCGACUUAGUUAGUGAGUGCAUACAUUUUCAUACUGGUCCCCCGUGGGAAUCGAACCCACAAUCCUGGCGUUGCAAACGCCAUGCUCUACCAACUGAGCUACAGGGGGCCUUAAUUUGGUUGUCCUCAUCUUCUUAGCUGUGUAACUUCAAGGUUAGGAGGUUGGUGACUCUAGGGUAGUGUGCACCAGGGUAGGGGUCAAUUCAGGAUAAAUUCACUAAAUCCAGGAAGUAAAUUACAAUUGUGACAGGACGACACAGAGCGGCCUGGAACGCUGCUAACAGGAAUAAGGACUCAAUAAACUACCCAAAGCCCCAUCUACAUGCAACUUUAAUGAUCCAACCAAAAUGAUAAUUCUAGGUCUAACAUCUGGGAUAUCCCUCCAACCAACCCCAGGCUACCUCAUACCUCUCUAUAUCAGGCUGAUGUUGUAAAGAUGUGGGUCUUGCUUCCUCAAAUCAAAUGGGUUAGGGUUGGUCUACAGACAGGGAGAAGGAGGACCAGUACCCCUCAGGCCUCCUCAAUCAACCCCUCUUCCUCCUUUCCUUAUAUUCUUCUUCCAUAUUUACUCCUCCUCAUCGCUUCUCCAGUUUCUUGAACUUGGCCUCUGCAGAGAGACAGACAGAGAUUAACUCGCUCACCUUCCUCCACACAGUCAGUCAGUCUCACACACUUGUGUCCAAGGGAAGUGAAUUUUUUGCUGUUGAUUUGGGACAGUGUGCUAGCGCUCUCUGCUGUUGGAGCUCAGGGUGUAGAGGUGAAGUUAAACAGCAGAGGACACCCUCAGGCUGUUCCAAAUAAAAGCCCUAACAUUAAAGGGCCAGUAAAUUUUUUAUAUGACACUAUGAGGUCAAAAUAACACAGCCUGUUCAGGUGGGAUGGAGAUUUUGGCCCCAAUCAUGACGUCACAAUCUGAUCUGAUUAUAAAAGACCAAUAACCGUUCAUCUGGGUAAGGGGGUGGGCUCUAGACCAUCUAUCAGCCAAUCAGGGCUAUGUAAAUAUCUUCACAUUUCUUUCCUAACGCCCACAUGAUCAGACUGAGCAUUUCAAUGGCCAAAAGAUGAUCAGGAAAAUAAAUGAUACAAAUAUAUUUAGGAGUUAUUGUUGAAAUAACUUUUAUUAGACAUACAGUGAUUAUUUGAAAAUAAAAUUUAAAAGACUGCAUGGGGGCUUUAAUGUUGAGCUGAACACUGCAGAACGGCUAUUCUUAGCACAUUUGCCAUAGAGACUGCUAGCAGAUUCUAAUAGAGAAGCCAGUGACCGAGCUAACAUAUAUUUAUUUAUAUCUACCGCUUCUCUCCCCCAGUCAGUCUGGUGAGGGUUAAGGUUACACACUGGAACUCAGUAGGCUCUUCUCCACUUACAGCCUAAAUCUAGACCUGCAAUAUGAAGCUAUGGUCUGUGUCUCCACAGGCAUGUUACUCUGUGUGUGUGUGUCUGUCUUACCAAGCUUUUUGGAGUAGGUGUCCAGUUUAUAAGCAGCCUGCUCCAGAGACGACACUUGUUCUUCAAUCUGGUUUAUUUGGUCUAGAUAGGGCUGGAGGCUGGCGUCUGUAACACACAAUAAAACAAUAUAUUUUUCAGCUAAAUUAAGGUUAGACUUCAUUUUCAGAAAGGGUCGCAAGCGUCCCCUUCACGUUUGAAGGGCUAAUAAACAUACACUUGUGGUUGAGGUCCUGCAGGUUCCUGCUGAUGUUAAUGCUGAUGUCUUUCAUCUCCAUGUACUUCAGACUGGUCAGCUUGUUCAUGUUCUCCAGCAGACGGUAGUCCUCACAGGUGCCUGGGAGAAGAGGGAAAUGGGGGAGCAUGAGACUGUAUGCAACUGUAUAGGACAGUGUAAAGGGAGAGACAGAGAUAGAAGACAGUCAGAGACAGGCAGGGGAGACUGACAUGCAGGAAGUCAGACAGAUAGACAGGCAGACCUGUGAGUUCUCCUUGUAGGAAGACAGCCAUCUUAUCGAACAUGUCUGUACAGAGCUCAUUGAUGUCCGACUCUGCUGGCUCUACGGCCUCCUCUGCAGUCUCCACCCCACCGUCACCUACACACACAGCAGAGAUACACACCAUUUACAUUUUGUUGUAGAAACAUCCCAUCAUCCCUACUCUAGAGGAUGUUGCUGGCCCCUCCCUCAGAUGAAGGACCAAUUUGCCAGUCCCUUGGCAUGAUGUUGUGAUAGUAGGCUUAGCUACUGCAUUCUAAUGUAAUCUAUUGUAACAAGGUACGAACCAAAUCUCACUUAGGGCCCCCAAAAGGCCCUUAAGGUACUAACACCAGUCUCAUAUCAGAAGAUGGACACGGAGUAAACAACAAACAAAUUGUUCAUCUUCUUCCUCUCAAUAACUAAAACAGCGCAUCAACUUGCAGCCAGGACAUCUUCAUUCGUUAGCUGGAAUUGGAAGCUAGCAAGCACCACUCACUGCUGCUGGUGGUGGGCUUCUUGGGCGCCGCGGGCACAACCUGGUCCUCAGCAGCAGUCUCGCCAGGCUCUCCCUGGGGUUCGGAGCUCCCUCCCAGGCUGAGGACGGUGGGAUGGGCCGGGGGUACUCUGGAGAUGCUGUCCAUCGCAGCAGCCUCCUUUCCCGUGGCCGCCAUUUUGCCUUUCCGCCAGUCACAUGAUGGAGAGCUUCACGUGACAUUUAAUAUUCCCCGUCUUCGAGCCACACAUUUUACAUUUACGUCAUUGAACAGACGCUCUUUCCCAGAGUGACUUACAGGAGCAAUUAAGGUUAAGUGCCUUGCUUAAGGGCAUAUUUUUCACCUGGUCGGCUCGGGGAUUAGAACCAGCGACCUUUCGGUUACUUGCACAACGCUCUUACCCACUAAGCUACACCCUUUUCCUUGACAGUUGCGUGCUACGUCCUGUGGUUGUGUCACCAUCAUCACAUAAACAAUUAUAUCACGAUUCAUUUGUAGUGUUCCUAUUCAUAUUGAUUGAUCGUUUUAUAUUUCUAUUGUUUUGUCAGUGUUCGAGUGUAGCGAGAGCUCGAGCUGUCCAUGCUGUUUUGCCUGUAGUCAUGUUGCAUUAUGAACACUUAGAAUCAGUGUGAAACAUCAUGUUAGUUUGACAGGUGUUUGCAGAGCUAACUAAUCAUUAAUGAUGAAGUCAACCUAAUGUUAGAUGUUUUGGGUUAAUGCCUUACCUCCAUAACUUACUACAUUUGCACACACUGUAUAUAGAUUUUCUAUUGUGUUAUUGACUGUACGUUUUGUUCAUUCCAUAUGUAACUCUGUGUUGUUGUUGUUUUUACCGCACUGCUUUGCUUUGUCUUGGCCAGGUCGCAGUUGUAAAUGAGAACUUGUUCUCAACUGGCUUACCUAGUUAAAUAAAGGUGAAAUAAAAAAAUCCUUAGUCCUCUCUUCGGUUCAUAUGGGUGGGUCAUGGUGCUGACGUUCUACGCACGAAGUGUCCAGUGAACCAUCGUGACAGCCUGCGUGAUUGUAAACAUGGCGCCGUGCACCGCUACAGGGCUGUGCUGUUUUACACCCCGUUUCUAGCUAGCCUGAGACACCAAACCUAACCAUGGAGACAGAAGAGGAGCAACAUAUGACGACUCUCCUCUGCAUGGGUUUCCCAGAUGCAGUGGCGAUACGCAAGGCGCUACGCCUGGCGAAGAACGACAUCAACGAGGCUGUGGCGCUCCUGACCAACGAAAGCCCCGGUCUUGGGUAUGGAUAUGAGCCGAUGGAGAGUGGCCCUACCCCAGGCCCGAGUGGAGACGGGGAGUCCAGCGGGCGGACUGGGACUGGAGGGUUCGACCCACCUCCCGCCUACCACGAUGUGGUGGAGAGCGAGGUAAGGGUGAAGAAGGAUGGCAACGUUAGUUCGUUGGCUUCGUAAACUAGAACACCAAACUAGCUAACGUCGUUAGCGCCAUCAAAUCUAGCGAUGAUGGCUAGUAGGCAGACCAGGCUCGCCCAACAAUAUUCCAUAGCGGGCUGCGCUCAUGCCUGGCUGUCAAAAUAGAGAGGGAAAACCUACGGCGUGUAUAACUCAAUUUACAGUUAGCUAGCUCAAUCUCGGGGUAUAAAUUCGACACCCCGGCUAGUUGAGUUGCAAAUACAGUAGCUACUUUCAUGAUCAGUAUUGAAAUUGGGUGCACACUAGCCAACAUCAGAAUGUAGUUGUUGCUAGAUAACGUUACCUAGCUAGCUAGUUAGCUAGCCCAGCGCUUGGGGGAGGGGAUGGGGAAUGCGCGAAUCUCUACUACAUGGGCAAAGUUGCUAACCAACUAGCUAGUGUUUUGCAAUAGUUAUUAAUGAAGGUUUGCAGAGUGAAUGUGGUGAGAUUAAGAUCUUCGCAUUCAUUCUCUUGGGGAAAAUGCACAUCUGUAUGCAGUUUAGCAUAAUGUAAUGCCACUAGAGAUCCUGGUUCGAGUCCAGGCUCUGUCGCAGCCGGCAGCGACUGGGAGACCCAUGGGCGGCGCACAAUUGGUCGUCCAAGGUAGGGGAGGGUUUGGCCGGCAGGGAUGUGGGUUCGUUUCCCACGGGGGACCAGUAUGGAGAGAAAAAAAAAACAUGUAUGCAUUUACUAACUGUAAGUCGCUCUGGAUAAGAGCGUCUGCUAAAUGACUGAAAUGUAAAUGUAAUGGAGCUAGUUAUUAGGCGACAUGUAGCCUAGCUGUUAAGAGCGUUGGGCCAGUAACCGAAAGGUCACUGGUUGGAAUCCCUGAGCCCACUACGUGAAUAAUCCGUCGAUGUGUCUUUGUGCAAGGCACUUAACCCUAAUUGCUCAUGUAUGGGCUCUGUAUAAGAGCGUCUGUUAAAUGACUAAAAUGUAAAAAUUUAGCUAGCCAAAGUUAGCUACGCGAACUAAGCUGGCUAUAGCUAGGUACAAUAGAGGAGUGAGAAGCUGAGAUUUCGCAAUCGCCCGUGAAGCUGAUGUGGCCAUCUUGUGCUUUAAAUAUUGUCUAAUAAAAAAAGCUAUUUAAAUUGUUCAUAGUCCAGUGACAACGUGAUGUGUAACCCGUCUGAACUAGAUCAUGUCUAGAUGUCUAAACACCAGCAUACAGCUGCUGCUAGCUAGCUAGAGAGCAUCAAGUAGGCAGGGCAAAACCGUUUUGGUGAUUUGGGUAUCAAUAAAAUAACUCAAUCACAGCACGUUUUUGGAUUCAUUCAGCAGUUUUUACCUGUUUAAGUGAAAUACCAUUGGAAAUUAAUUUUGAAAGUUCCGUUUAUAUUCCUAAAACGUAUGUUGAAAAUGAUGCUAUUGCUGCUUCCUGUUGACAAGACAAAUUGAUAAAUAAUAGUCGAAUGUCAAAACAGUUUUAAAGUGUCCAAAUCAAUAACCAGUAUGCAGAAACAGUUUGUGAUAUAUUGAAAACAUAAACAUAAAAUAUACUAUCUACAUAUACAUUUGCAACAGUAGUUAUCAUAAGUAUUAUAUAUUUUUUGAAGGAGCUACUUAUAAACUGCGCAAGUGCCAAAACCAUGUUGUUUUGUCAAGUGGCAAUAAAUCACACAUUGAUUGGGGUGGGGAUAUGCGCUGUUUAAACUACCACAACUCUAAAACCACAUGGAAACGGGAUAUACUGUAUUUUUACAUCACUGGUUAGAGGACAACCUGCAGAACAGUCAGCUACGUUUUGGAAUGUUGCAUUUUGAUACAGGGGUCACCAAACAAAAGGAGAAACGCAACACGACAAUGAGAAAGCCUGUAGGAAGGAGGUCAGAGACCUGGCGGUGUGGUGCCAGGACAACAACCUCAACGUCAGCAAGACGAAGGAGCUGAUCGUGGACUACAGGAAGCAGAGGGCCGAGCAAUGCCCCCAUUCACAUCGACAGGGCUGUAGUGGAGGGGUCACUAAGGCUCUAUCAUGGUCCACACACACCAACACAGUCGUGAAGAGGGCACGACAAUGUCUCUUCCCCCUCAGGAGGCUGAAAAGAUUUGGCAUGGGCCCUCAGAUCCUUAAAAAAAAGGUUUUUACAGCUGCACCAUUGAGAGCAUCUUGACUGGUUGCAUCACCGCUUGGUAUUGCAACUGCUUGGCAUUCGAUCGUGAGGCGGAUCUCUAGUCUAGGGGUUAAGGUACCAUCUCUAUUCUCUACACACAGCAGAUUAUGUCAGCUGUCUUCAAAUUAUCACUAACCCAAACAGGUCUAUAAUAGAUAAAGACAAAAUAUGUUCCAACUUCCCCCAGUCUCCCCUAAUGAUUGUGAGCGCACAACUUUCAAACAUUUACCACAUUCAUAACAGCGAAUCAAAGGAAAUUCUAACGAGCAUGACAGUUUGAGGAUAUUUUUCAAUGAAAGUAAAGGACAGUAAUGUUACGAGUAAAGUAGGAAGCCCAGGUUUCAAUUGGCGAUAAGAUGUUAAUGUGUCAUGAAAGGAGUGUGGAUAUUUGGCCUGACCAAGCAGUUUUAUGUGCUGAGUCAGAUUUAAUGGGAGCUGAUAAUUUAGUUUUUUACUCCGCUGGUCUCUGGAAGAAAUAACGAGUCCUCAUUGUCCGAGACCGAGUAAAAUGUUAUAUAUAUAUAUAUAUAUAUAUAUAUAUAUAUAUAUAUAUAUAUAUUUGAUUUAUUUUUAUUUGUACCCCUUUUUCUCCCCAAUUUCGUGAUAUCCAAUUGGUAGUUAGUCUUGUUACAUCGCUGCAACUCCCGUACGGACUCGGGAGAGGCGAAGGUCGAGAGCCAUGAGUCCUCCGAAACACGACCCCGCCAAACUGCACUGCUUCUUGACACACUGCUCUCUUAACCCGGAAGCCAGCUGCAUCAAUGUGUCGGAGGAAACGCCGUCCAGCUGGCGACCGAAGUCAGCGUGCAUGCGCCCGACCCGCCACAAGGAGUUGCUAGAGCGCGAUGGGACAAGGACAUCCAAGCCAGCCAAACCCUCGCCUAACCCGGACGAUGCUGGGCCAGUUUUGCGCUGCCUCAUGGGUCUCUGGGUCGCGGCCGGCUGCGACACACCCCGGAAUCGAACCCGGAUCUGUAGAGACGCCUCUAGCACUGCGAUGCAGUGCCUUAGACCGGCCAAGUAAAAAAAAUAAAAAAUGUCUGACAGCGAGACAAGACCAAGACACUCAAUAUGUGGUCUCAAGACCGAUCUCGAGUACUGCAUCACUGGUAGAACUAUUAAGUGUUUCUGUGUGUUUCAGAGGAGUAAUGAUGAGAAUGGGAACUGUUCAGGCAGCAGUAUGGAGUUCCCCACCACUAACCUGUAUGAACUGGAGAACAGAGUGUUCACUGACCACUGGUCCAUCCCCUACAAGAGAGAGGAGUCACUGGGCAAAUGUCUGGUCGCAGCCACCUGCCUCGCCAAACACGGUAAGAGAGAGCGAGUAAGUGUGUGGGGUGGGUUUGUUUUGGUUUUUGUGUCUUGUCACUGUUGGAUGCUUUUCACACUAUUAUUUUCCACCCAGUUGUCAAUCAAUAACUACAGUCUCUCUCUCUCUCUCUCUCUCUCUCUCUCUCUCUCUCUCUCUCUCUCUCUCUCUCUCUCUCUCGCUUUCUCCUCUCACUUUCUGUCUCUCACUUUCUCUCUUUCACACUGUCUCUCACUCAGGUCUGGCAGAUGCGGAUGAAAACUGUAAGCGGUUUAUGGACAGGUGUAUGCACGAGGCCUUUAAGAAGGUGAGUUGUGUGUAUGCAUGCAUGAGGCCUUUAAGGGUUUGAGUGUGUAUGCAUAACACUUGUAAGUGAGAGCUGUAGAGCCUGUUUCAAAUCCAGUUUCCCUCAUCUUCAAUAUAGGAAGCAUAUUUGAACCGGAUUGUUUGGUGGAACAUUGACACGUUCACUCACUCUGCUUUCUCUCGCUCUCCCUCUUACCAUCCCUCUCUAGCUCCUGACCAGUAGUGCGGUCCAUAAGUGGGGGACAGAGAUCCAUGAGGGGAUCUACAACAUGUUGAUGUUACUGGUGGAGCUGGUGGCUGAGAGAGUCAAACGGGACCCCAUACCUGUUGGCCUGAUGGGUGUACUGACUAUUGUGGGUACACACACCUCAUGCAUACAGUAUACACACACCACGUCACAUCAAAUAACAUUUACACACCUCACCCCUUAAACGAUUAGCUCUCUCUCGCUCUGUAUGUCUGUAGGCCUUUAACCCAGACAAUGAGUACCACUUUAAGAACCGUAUGAAGAUGUGUCAGAGGAACUGGAGCGAGGUGUUUGGAGAGGAAGCCAUGUUUGCUGUGUCGCCUAGCAACAACUACCAGAAGGUGAGGCUGUAAUGUGGGUGUGGUGCGAAAGCACAAGUAUAAAAAUAAAAAAGAGCGAAUGUUUGUGUGACUGAUCACGUGUGUGUGCCUUUGUUUCUACAGGAGCCUCAUGGCUGGCUGGUAGACCUGGUCAAUCGGGUAAGCCCCCCCCCACACACACUCACCUACACACACCUCUAUGGUAGUUCAGGGCAAUUCCAUGGCAACAGAAUUAUGCUGAGAACGUUGCCGCCACUAUUUCGGUGAAAUUUUAUUUUAUGAAUGCCCAUCUAUGUAGUAAGCCUACCGUUUGUAAAACACCAAAAAAAGACGUCCGGACAGGACCAAAAAAAGAAGUUGGCUCGUGCUUACUGGGGUGUAGCCUACAAUGUCAGCCCUCAAUUGAAUUUUAUGAAUGCCCAUCCAUGUGGUAGGCCCACCGUUUGUAAAACAGGCCGUUGCAUUGGCUUUGUUAGUCCUGAUUCCUGUGACUAAUCAAUUUGGCUAUUUAAGCUCAGAAUAUCAACUACCCAAAUUCAUCAGGAGUUCUUGUGAGCUUAUUUACAAUGUGUUUACACAGCGGGAAAUGCAGAAGUAUUUUCUUUUUCGCUAUGAUCAGCUUGUCAAGACUUCGCCACAGAUAGCAACCACUGGGCUAUCUUUGACUUCUCCAUCUUUUGUUUUCUCCAAAGUUUUGGCAUCUUCCAUGAAUUGCGGCUGCGAAUCCACCAUAGAAAUAGUUAGAAAGAAUAAGAUGAAGAUCCGGUAAUAUGGAUAACUAUUGAAAGAGCUGAUAUGUGUUUUUCUUCAUUGUAAUGGGCAUGGUGCAACCUUUGGUAAGUAGGCUGCUGGCAUGCUUCGGCUGCGGUACAGCAAAGAAAAGUCAGUCCAUGCUCAUGGUUCUCACAGGGGAAGUGAAAUGAUAGGCUACAAUUACUUUCCUUUGAAUAUUAUUUCGGUUGUGCCUUGUCAUUAUCUGGAUAGACACUUGUGGUUUCUAGCUAAUGUUCCACCAGUCAAAGCAGUGGAGCGUGUAGUGAAGCAAAACUUUAGCCAUCAAAACCAUUUAUCUUGGGGCGACGGGGGGAGCGGGUUUGCAAAAUGCUAUCAUAUCACGCAAUUAUACCAUUUAUAAAAUGGUUUAUUAGGUACACCCAUCUAGUACCGGGUCGGACCCCCCUUUUGCGUCCAGAACAACCUGAAUUCUUCGGGGGGUGGAAAUGUUGCUCAAUUGGUGUCAAGGGACCUAACUUGUGCCCAAUAUGGCCGCUUCUUGUUUUUGGCUGAUAUUAAAAUAAAAUAAAUGUAUGCACUCACUAACUGUAAGUCGCUCUGGAUAAGAGCGUCUGCUAAAUGACUAAAAUGUAAAAUAUAGGAGUGGAAACCACUUUGGUCGUCUGCUGCAAUAACCCAUCCGUGACAAGGACCAACGAGUUGUGCGUUCCAAGAUGCUGUUCUGCACACCACUGUUGUUGUACUGUGCCGUUAUUUGCCUGUUUGUGGCCCACCUGUUAGCUUGUACGAUUCUUGCCAUUCUCCUUCGACCUCUCAUCAACGAGUUGUUUUCGCCCACAGGACUUCCGCUGACUGGCUAUUUUUAGUUUGUCUUACCAUUCUCAGUAAACCCUAGACACUGUUUUUAUAAAAAAAAAAAAAAUGUCACCUUUAUUUAACCAGGUAAACCAGUUGAGAACAAGUUCUCAUGUACAACUGUGACCUGGCCAAGAUAAAGCAAAGCAGUGCGAUAAAAAAACAACAACACAGUUACAUAUGGGGUAAACAAAACAAAGUCAAAAAUACAACAGAAAAUAUAUAUACAGUGUGUGCAAAUGUAGCAAGUUAUGGAGAUAAGGCAAUAAAUAGGCCAUAGUGCAAAAUAAUUACAAUUUAGUAUUGACACUGGAAUGAUAGAUGUGCAAGAUAUGAUGUGCAAAUAGAGAUACUGGGGUGCAAAUGAGCAAAAUAAAUAACAAUAUGGGGAUGAGGUAGUUGGGUGGGCUAAUUUCAGAUGGGCUGUGCACAGGUGCAGUGAUCGGUAAGGUGCUCUGACAACUGAUGCUUAAAGUUAGUGAGGGAGAUAAGAGUCUCCAGCUUCAAAGAUUUUUGCAGUUCGUUCCAGUCAUUGGCAGCAGAGAACGAUAGUUACCGGAGUGUAACUCCAGUUCUAUGAGUGGAGCGGAGCCCCAUAGGGGAGCUCUGCUCCUAUUGGUUUACCCCGCUGUCUACAUUUACAUUUUAGUCAUUUAGCAGACGCUCUUAUCCAGAGCGACUUACAGUUAGUGAGUGCAUACAUUAUAUUUUUCAUACUGGCCCCCCGUGGGAAUCGAACCCACAACCCUGGCGUUGCAAACGCCAUGCUCUACCAACUGAGCUACAUCCCUGCCGGCCAUUCCCUCCCCUACCCUGGACCAAUUGUGCGCCGCCCCAUGGGUCUCCCGGUCACGGCCGGCUACGACAGAGCCUGGAUUCGAACCAGGAUCUCUAGUGGCACAGCUAGCACUGCGAUGCAGUGCCUUAGACCACUGCGCCACUCGGGAGACUAGGCAGCGAACAGCCUGAGACAAAAUUAUGCACACACCUGCAGCCAAUAGGAGUACAGGUGUCCCUAUAAGAGGGGACGCUUCCCCUCAAUCAGACUCCCAAAAUUAUCUUCAGCGAGACUAGAGAGGGUCGGCAGGGCCUUAAGUCCAAUGUGGCUCCGCUCCACUCAUAGAACUGGAGUUACACUCCGGUAACUAUCGUUCUAUAUCGUGGAGCUCCGCCCCAUAGGGGAGCUCUGCUCCUAUUGGUUUAAGGUGGAGCGCAACGCUCCAAAAUGUACUCCCUGCCAAGCCCAACACUUCCCAUCGAAACGAAAAGGUCAGGCCUAGCAAUGGCUGCAACCAAGUCCCGCAGUACUGUAACACAUUGUGUCACAAUAUACUGCGUCAUCGGUUCAAACCUGCCCAACCAGUCCAUUGGCAUCACCAAUGUCUGGUGGGCAGAUAACCAGAAUACGGGCCAUACUAAUCUGUACUAGCAGAUAGAUGGUACCUCCAAUAUCCUGUUACAACAAUACCGACCACUAAUGGAAUGACACAAAGUGUCACUCUACUUUGUGUACACAGUAGCCCCCCCGCCCCACCCAAUCAAUGGAAUCCCAAAGAUUAGUGGGCAGUCAUACUAAUCCGAACCAGCAGAUAGAUGACGUCACAUUCCGUCAAAUUAUCAUGACCGGUCUAAUAGUACUUUAACCAUGGUUACUACUAUUGUCCCUCAUCAUUCCGCCGCAACCCAGUUAUUCACUGGUGGGCAGAUCAAUACAUGCCUUCUACUGUACUGAACAUGUCAGUCAGGUGUCAUGCUCAAAUAUGUCUCUCUAUCAGAAGCGGACCUGAAAGAGACCUGUCUCUUCGGUCCUGCAUUCCUCUCUCUUACCUCAAGUCCUCCCCUCAGCCACACUGAGUACAGACUGAGCCAAAGAGUUAGAAGACAUAUCCAGGAGAUAGAAACGGAUAAAAGGAGACUGUGACGCCCACGACGCCGCUGCACAAAUAUCCUCUACUCCCGUGCCUCUGAAAAGAGCCGUAGAGGUUGCUACUCCACGAGUAGAGUGAGCCCUCACGCCCUGAGGCAAUGGUCGCCCCGCUGCCUCAUACGCCGUCUCAAUGCCUUCGCAAAGCCAGUGAGACAACCACUGUUUUGAAAGUGGUCUACCCAGUGCAGCCGCACCGUGACACACAAACAACUGAGGUGAUGACCUAAUCGCCGCCAUGCGCUCCACAUAACAUGCUAAAGCACGUACCGGGCACAGGCGAUGGAGCCUCUCCUCUCCCCAUGAGGAGGGGGAGAAAGGUCCCACAGCUCAACGAUCUGUGAUCUAUAUGAGCUCUUAAUAACCUUCAGCAUAAAAGCCGGGUUAGGACGUAACACUGCCCUGCUCAAAUCGCCAGGCGAGGCAGUCGGCUCUCGUCGACAGAGCGCACAAAUCACUGACACGCUUAGCAGUGGUCAAAGCGAGCAACAGUGCCGUCUUCAAUGACAGCAUCUUGAGGGGUAUUUGAUUCAAUGGCUCGAACGGCGACUCACAGAGCGCUUCGAGUACCAAAGCCAAAUCCCACUGAGGAAGCGUGGCUCUAGGCAUUGGCCUAAGCCACCGCGUUCCUAAUAAGAAACGUUUCACUAGAGGGUGGCUGAAGACAGUGUCUCUGCCAAACCCCUUGUGACAAGCUGAAAUCGCCGCUGCGAUUUAAUGGUGGCGGGCGAUCACUGCUUAUCAAACAAACUGCAGGAACGAGAGUACACUCUCAACCUGACAGAUCAUGGGGUCUACAUUCUCUGUGACACACCACUGUGAAAAUACAUUCGAUUUACUGGCAUACACCAUGGAAGUGGAACCGGCACGUGAACCCUUUAUGGUCCUGAUUACUGAAUCAGAUAACCCACAGCGCUCUAGCCUGUCCCUCUCAGGAGCCAAGCCUUCAGUGGUUGGCCGAUUAUGGGCACUCGCCCUAUCGAGCCCUCCGCCUGAGACAACGUGUCCCGUCGAUGUGGAAUUGGCCAAGGUGGCGCAAUCAACAUCUGACUCAUCUCCACAAACCAUGGAGCCCCUGGGCGAUCGGGGGCCACCAAUAUUAUUGACAGCCCGCCUGAUCUCACCCUGGCUAACAGUGGGAGAAUGCAGGACAGCGGUUGGAAUGCAUACAGCAGAACUCUCGGCCAUGGUCAGUCCCUCCCCAGUGGCGGUUCGUCCUGAUCCCUCAGAGAGAACCAUAGAGGACAAUGUGCGUUCACGCGUGACGCUAAUAGAUCCACCUCGGCUCUCCCGAACUGUUCCCAAAUUUGGAGAACAAUGUCCGGGUGCAGACGCCACUCGUCGUCUCGAGGUCCCCCUCGAGACAUGAGGUCUGCUCCCACGUUCAAGUAUCCUGGAAUGUGUGCUGCUCUCAACGAGCGAAGGUGCUCGUGAGCCCACAGCCACAGUUCCUCUGCCGACCGGUGGAGUGCAGGAGACCUGACUCCUCCCUGGCGAUUUAUGUAGGCUACUGUGGUCCGGUUGUCUGACCAGACCAACACAUCGCGACCCCGAAGGGUAGACGCGAAGUGGGUCAGAACCAGUCAAACCGUUUCCAACUCCAAGAGGUUGAUGUGACGACUCGAAAGAGGCCACACACCUCCUAUCGCUUGGGUCUGACAUGUCCCUCCCCAUCCAGUCAGAGAGGCAUCUGUGAACACUGGAAUGUAGGAGGACACUUUCCCUAUGGGGACUCUGUGCGUGAGAACGCUCGGGUCUCUCCAAUAGUUCAGAUCUGCACUGAGCGAGAGGGGAACCACCACCAACCGAUGACAUUGACGCACUGGGUCUAGUCUUAGUUGGGCGAACCAUCGCUGCAUCCUGCGCAUGCGCAUGAGUCCCAGCGGAACCACGAAAUGGGCUGACGACAUGAGACCCAAGAGUGACAUGACUGACAGCGCCGUUACCGUGUGAUUCGGACAAAACCUUCUCAGGGCUAGCAACAGGGCUACCCUUCGAGGGUCCGAAAUUCAAGCCCUCAUUACAGUGUCUAGCUGUAUCCCCAAGUAGACAAUCUGAUGACUGGGCCAGGGUGCGCUCUUUUUCCAAUUCACAGCGAACCCCAGACGUGUGAGAUGAAUCACUGUCUGUGUCGUGUGAGUGAACGCCAGCUCUGCUGAUGGGGCGAGAACCAGUAGGUCGUCUAGGUAGGCUAGUAGCCUUAUUCCCUGACGACGCAACAGUUCCAAUGCCGCCUCCACACAUUUGGAAAACAUGUGAGGUGCCAGGGCGUACCCAAAUGGCAUCCUCGUGAACUUGUACGCCACCCCUUGAAAGGCGAAUCGCAGAAACUUUCUGUGACGCGGCUGCACCGACACAUGAAAGUAUGCGUCCUUUAGGUCUAUGCUCGUACAAAAGUCUCCCUUCUGGACACAUUCCAGUAGACGUUUUGUCAUUAGCAUUCGGAAGGGCCGUUUGGCUGGGGAACUACUGUGAUCGCCUCCUUCACCAAAAGUUCCAUAAUCUCUGAAACCAGAGGGGCCACUUUUUCAGGCGUUUUCAUCACCGUCUCCGGGGGGGGGGUCCGAUGAAAUUGAUGGAUGGCAUAACCCUUCUCCAACACCUGGUCUAGCCAGUGGGAGAGAGUACAGCUUCGCCGCCACUCCCAGCAAUGCAGAGAAAGCGGAAGAGCGCGGAGCUGUGGUACACUUAGUAGGAAGAACCUGUAUUCCUCGACAGCCCUCGCCACCGCUGUUCCCCAGCACUGAAGUGGUGGAACAGCCCAAGGCGGGCCUCCCAAGAAAGGGAGAGGUAACAUCAGUGCGUUCUGAGAGAAACGGGGGCGCCGAUACAUGGUUAAACUCGUAACCAUAGUAAUCCGGCCCUCCGUGAACGCAGCACGGGUCUGAACCGCACUGACAGAGGCGACAGAGCGCCAUCCCCAGAAAGCGAUUGCGUCAUCAUUCAAGUACCUGGCUGUGACUGCAGUCUGCUAUGUGAGCCCUUCACUGCAGUACUCCUAGGAGUCUGCAAAGUGAGGUCUUCACAAGGUAAAGCAAGGCGGCACCUUCUUACCCUUUUUACACUCGCCUUCUGUGUGUGCUCAGCUACGCACCCUUGGUGGGCUGAGCUACACUCAGAGUGGUGAACAUCAGCGCGUUCUGAGAGAAACGGGGGCGCCGAUAUGUUGGUUACACUCGUAACCGCGAUAUCCCUGCCCUCCGUGAAUGCAGCACGGGUAUGAACUGCACUGACUGAGGCGUUAGCCUGAGACAGAGCGCCGUCCCCGAAUAGCGGUCGCGUCAUCAUGCCAUUAUCUGACUGAGACUGCAUCCUGCUAUGUGAGACCCUCACUGCAGUACUCCUAGGAUUCUGUAAAGUGGGGUCUUUAUAAGGUAACACAAGGCGGCGCCUUGAUACCUGUUUAACACCUGCCUCAUGUGUGCGCUCAGCUACGCACUCUAGGUGGGCUGAGCUGCGCUCAGAGUGGUGAGGGAGAAGGUGAGGAGAGUUGAACGCUCUCAAAUGUGUUAUGGAAAAGGGGCUCUUUUGUGACAAAGUCAAGUGGAGCCAACUCUUUAUUAACAACUUCAACAAAAACAUUCUCCUUCAACCCUAGGGUGGGGGGGAAUAGCGGGUACAGUCGACCUCGUCGCUGCGCCAUCUUCUAUUCUCUCCCCGCGUCCCGUCAGGUGCGUUGUCUCUUCUGGUUGCCCUUAGGCUUCCAGGGCGACGUUCUGACGACUUCCCUCGCCGGCUGCGUCAUCGGGGGCCACAGUAGCUGCUGGGGGGGGUGGAGCACUCUCUCCUGCUGCUCGUAGCCGCCGUCUGGCGCCGGGCACGACGCCUCGCAGUAGAGCCUGCUCUACUCGCGGUGGUGGAGGUGGACGGCAUUUGGGUCAUGUGGCCUAACCUCCCUGCCAGUGGCAGGUGUCUGACCAGCUGCUUCCUCUCCUAGUCAAGUUUAGUGAAACGCUCCGUCGCCUCUUUGAAGGUGACUCCAAAGAGUCCGUCGUCAGAGAAGGGGGCGUUCAAGAGCGACGCUCUGUCGGCUUCCUUCAUGGUCGUCAGUGACAACCACAGGUGUCGUUCCGCGACCACCAAAGUGGCCAUGGAUCUCCCCGCGCAGACAGCCAAUGCCUGUGUUAGGUGAGGAAUAGCGCCAGAAAUCCUGGACGCCUCUUCCACCUCCUCCCUGUCUAGCUCAGUCUUACUCGAGGUUAAACGGGACAGAGAGGCCACUAGGAGGGCAAUGUUAUUUUCUGCUGCUACAGCUUGGGAUCCCAACGUAAAGGACUUCUCUACCAGCUGUGCUGUGAGGUGGUCCUUUUGCGUCGGCAAGGUGGCCUUUUUGGAAGAGGGCCAGGGACUCGAACCCGGCACGAGACGCAGCCAGGGCGCUCUCUAGCCUGGGGAUUCCCUUAGUGAAGCCCUGAUGCCUUCCCUCCACUCUGGUGAAUGGGAGGUACGCUUUGGCCGGCGAAUGCGCCGCCAGAGGCGCCUCCCAUGAGCCCUCAAUGUACUUUGCCAGCGAGGGCAUUGCUGGAGCCAGAGGCUCUGCCGCACUCCUUGGCCGAGAAUAGGGGCCGCCCUCCAUCAUAUCCACUUCCGGUGCGGAGGGAAUGGGGGGCAGCGCUAUCUCUAAGCGUCGAGCAGCCCUCUCAAUGAGUCCAGGAAAGUCUGAACGCAGAGAGGCUGCAGCAAAGGACAGGGCUACUGAUCUCUUAGAGAAAAGGGAAUUACAAGACCUCUCGCUUUCCAAACGAAAGGGGGUCUUGAACAUCUGGCUCAGAGGGACGGAUUGUUCCAUGGGAAUAUCCGUCUCAUCCCCAUAAUCCCUGUCCUCUCCGGAGUCGGCGCCCUCUGAUGAUGCCUCUGAAGCAGAGGCUAGCACCGAUAGCACGUCCUCCAGAGGAAUAUCCUCCCUAAAAAACGCCCAACGCUGCUUCCUCUCCUUCAAUGGAAGGAGGUCGCAGCUGGCGCAAAUAGGGGGUACGCUGACGCCAUCCUUGGCGUGCUAUGAACCCAAACACACGAAACACAAGUCGUGGGAGUCCACAGCCGCCAUGGAGGCACAGCGGCAUUGAGCUCUAAAAAUAGCUUUUGGGGGUGGAAAACAUCCCGGUGUGCUCAUUUUAGGACAACGUCGAUAAACUGGAAAAUCGACGGCGUUUUCUCGUCCUGAGUCUUCGUCUCUUGUAGGCUCUUCAGUCUUAGUCCAGUCGCUGAAGAUAAUGGGAGGCUGAUUGAGGGGAAGCGUCCCCUCUUAUAGGGACACCUGUACUCCUAUUGGCUGCAGGUGUGUGCAUAAUUUUGUCUCAGGCUGUUCGCUGCCUAGGCAGCGGGGUAAACCAAUAGGAGCAGAGCUCCAAUGGGGCGGAGCUCCACGAUAUAGAACCGGAAGGAAUGGCAGCCAAAGGAGGUGUUGGCUUUGGGGAUGACCAGUGAUAUAUACCUGCUGGAGCGCAUACUACGGGUGGGUGUUGCUAUGGUGACCAAUGAGCUAAGAUAAGGCGGGGAUUUGCCUAGCAGUGAUUUAUAGAUGGCCUGGAGCCAGUGGGUUUGGCGACGAAUAUGUAGUGAGGACCAGCCAACAAGUGCGUACAGGUCACAGUGGUGGGUAGUAUAUGGGGCUUUGGUGACAAAACGGAUGGCACUGUGAUAGACUACAUCCAAUUUGCUGAGUAGAGUGUUGGAGGCUAUUUUGUAAAUGACAUCGCCGAAGUCAAGGAUCGGUAGGAUAGUCAGUUUGACGAGGGCAUGUUUGGCAGCAUGAGUGAAGGAGGCUUUGUUGCGAAAUCCAAACGAUUAUGAUAAUUUUCUGGUAAAAAAAAACAAGUUUGCAUCCGCUAUUUUAAUUUGCUCCAUGGCUCAGGCGGCCAAGUGAACACAAGGCUGUUUGGCUCAUUUCAGUCGCGAAGAGGAAUAACUUUGCAGCUGUUUCUGAUUAAUAUACAAUGCCAUGCUGGUGGGUGGUAACGUUAAAAUAAAACCUAGUCCUGAAACUAAACGUAGGCUGAGAAUAAUUUGUAUGCCAUAUCAUAGGAAAAGAUACCGCAUUCACGCAGAUUUGCACGAAGUGGGCAGUUUGGAUUUGUCACGUCAAGCCCAAAUAUACAGUAUCGUACUUGACUAAAACAUUGACUUAUUGACUUAAAUCGUUGUGCAACAUCAUGGAUAAGCUCUGGCAAUCGUCUUUCAGCUCGAUAAAGGGGAUUUCUACUGGUGUGGGCGUUUUAACAAUUUCCACAGAAAAAUUUACAAAACACAUUUACAGGAAGAGCUGUGCAGAUACAAAGUUUGGUAACAGAAUAAAACUGAUGGAGAUUUUACCGUAAUUCUUUUACCAAACUUUGCAUCUGCAGUUUUUCCAGUAAAUUUAUUUUUUUACUGUGCAAAUUGUUCAAAGCAGUAAUUGUGCGUAGGGCUGUAUGGCGUGUUCAACUUUAAAAUCUAUGUUUUUUGUUUGGCAUUUUAAAGUGAAAAGUUGGAGUCAGCGUAAUUCUGUUACAGUCGAAUUGCCGUUCGUUGUUGUCAGUGUCUCUGUAUUCAGUGAUGUGACUGUGUGUUUCUGUCUUCUUCUGUCAAUGUCAUUUUCCUUCUUGCUCCCUCUUUAGUUUGGAGAGAUGGGAGGGUUCACUGCUAUCCAGGAUAAACUAAAUACAGAGGAGAUAGAGAUUGGGGUAAGGACACACACACACGCACGCUUGUGUGGCUAGUCUUAGGUCUCCUUGUGUGAAUCCUUCCUUUUGAGGAUUCUAACUGGAACAACACACACAUUGAUCCCUUUCGCAGCCCAGACCAUCUCCACCAUUAGCAUGUUUAAUCUCUCUCUGGCACCAGGGACUGUAGCUGUCUCACCCGUGGGAGACAACCAUUCUGUUUUUUUAGAGAAUGUGUGUAUGUAACUGUCUGUUUCUCUGCAGUGUGUGUCCGCUCUGGUCCAGCCUCUAGCUGUGUGUGCAGAAUACCUCAACUCCAGCCUGGUGCAGGUAAGGCAUUUCCCUCCAACAAACACUAAGACACGCAACAUACGGUACAUCCUCAGCAUGAUGAUUAGUUCAUGAGACUAAUAAUAACGUGUGUGUCUGUGUGUUUGUAGCCCAUGUUGGAUCCUGUUAUCCAUAAGAUGAUCACCUAUGUUCAGAACCUGGAGGAGAAGGACCUGAAAGACAAGGUACCACAAUACCCCCUGCCCUAUAUACCCAUAAGACCCUGCUCUACAUGCCUUGGGAAGCUCCCGGAAAUGUUAUAAAUAUGAGUGUCCAAAACCGUUCAUUAUGAGCUUCCAAGUCUGAAGCGACCAGUCAGACUGUUCAGAGUUUCCUAUGAACAUAGCAUCAGCUGAUGAUUGUAACCCCCCCCCCCCCCUCCCUCCUGUAGAGGCUGGUGAGCAUCCCAGAGCUGCUGUCGGCCAUAAAGCUGCUGUGUAUGAGGUUCCAGACCGCCCUGGUCACUGUGGUGGACGACCUGCGCCUGGACACUCUGCUACGCAUGCUGAAGACUCCUCACUUCUCUACCAAGAUGAACUCCCUCAAAGAGGUGAGAGGUCAGAGGUUACACGGUGGAAGGUUAGAGGUAAAACUCAGGGGAAAAACAGGAAGCCUUUGUCGAAUUCAGCAUCGCCAAGUCAAACUGGUGUCGCUCUCCUUAUUGUAAUGCUGUUGUACAUGUGGAUGCUUCUUGCUAUAAACUGUAUAAAAUGUGUUUAUGCUUGUGUCUAGGUGACUAAGCUGAUUGAGGAGAGUACUGUGUCUAAGACAGUGAAGAAUGCCAUUGACACAGACAGACUGCUGGACUGGCUGGUAGAAAACUCUGUCCUCUCAAUAGCACUGGAGGGUAAGGACAAUAUUAAUGUUAGCACUAGAACAACAUAUUUUUACUUUUAUCUAUGUACAGUUGUGGUCGGAAGUUUACAUACACUUAGGUUGGAAUCAUUAAAACUCGUUUUUCAACCACUCCACAAAAUUCUAGUUAACAAACUAUAGUUUUGGCAAGUCGGUUAGGACAUCUACUUUGUGCAUGACACAAGUAAUUUUUACCAACAAUUGUUUACAGACAGAUUAUUUCACUUAUAAUUCACUGUAUCACAAUUCCAGUGGGUCAGAAGUUUACAUACACUAAGUUGACUGUGCCUUUAAACAGCUUUAAAAUUCCAGAAUAUGAUGUCAUGGCUUUAGAAGCUUCUGAUAGACUAAUUGACAUCAUUUGAGUCAAUUGGAGGUGUACCUGUGGAUGUAUUUCAAGGCCUACCUUCAAACUCAGUGCCUCUUUGCUUGACAUCAUGGGAAAAUCAAAAGAAAUCAGCCAAAACCUCUGUUUAACCUUGGGAGCAAUUUCCAAACGCCUGAAGGUACCACGUUCAUCUGUACAAACAAUAGUACGCUAGUAUAAACACCAUGGGACCACUCAGCCUUCAUACCGCUCAGGAAGGAGACUCGUUCUGUCUCCUAGAGAUGAACGUACUUUGGUGUGAAAAGUGCAAAUCAAUCCCAGAACAACAGCAAAGGACCUUGCGAAGAUGCUGGAGGAAACUGGUACAAAAGUAUCUAUAUCCACAGUAAAACAAGUCCUAUAUCGACAUAACCUGAAAGGCCGCUCAGCAAGGAAGAAGCCACUGCUCCAAAACCGCCAUAAAAAAGCCAGACUACGGUUUGCAACUGCACAUGGGGACGAAGAUCGUACUUUUUGGAGAAAUGUCCUCUGGUCUGAUGAAACAAAAAUAGAACUGUUUGGCCAUAAUGACCAUCGUUAUGUUUGGAGGAAAAAGGGGGUUGCUUGCAAGCUGAAGAACACCAUCCCAACCGUGAAGCACGGGGGUGGCAGCAUCAUGCUGUGGGGGUGCUUUGCUGCAGGAGGGACUGGUGCACUUCACAAAAUAGAUGGCAUCAUGAGGAAGGAAAAUUAUGUGGAUAUAUUGAAGCAACAUCUCAAGACAUCAGUCAGGAAGUUAAAGCUUGGUCGCAAAUGGGUCUUCCAUGGACAAUGACCCCAAGCAUACUUCCAAAGUUGUGGCAAAAUGGCUUAAGGACAACAAAGUCAAGGUAUUGGAGUGGCCGUCACAAAGCCCUGACCUCAAUCCUAUAGAAAAUGUGUGGCCAGAACUGAAAAAGCUUGUGUGAGCAAGGAGGCCUUCAAACCUGACUCAGUUACACCAGCUCUGUCAGGAGGAAUGGGCCAAAAUUCACCCAACUUAUUGUGGGAAGCUUGUGGAAGGCUACCUGAAAUGUUUGACCCAAGUUAAACAAUUUAAAGGCAAUGCUACCAAAUACUAAUUCAGUGUAUGUAAACUUCUGACGCGCUGGGAAUGUGAAGAAAUAAAUAAAAGCUGAAAUAAAUAAUUCUCUACUAUUAUUCUGACAUUUCACAUUCUUAAAAUAAAGUGGUGAUCCUAACUGACCUAAGACAGGGAAUUUUUUACUAGGAUUAAAUGUCAGGAAUUGUGAAAAACUGAGUUGAAAUGUAUUUGGCUAAGGUGGAUGUAAACUUCCGACUUCAACUGUAAUUCUAUUAUCUUGAUGUGAUUCCAGGUAACAUAAAGCAGUAAUAGAACUGUGUGUGUGUUCCAGGUAACAUAGACCAGGCCCAGUAUUGUGAUCGAAUAAAAGCCAUUAUUGAGCUGCUGGGCAGUAAACUGUCUCUGGACGAGCUGUCUAAGAUCUGGAUGAUCCAGGCAGGACAGUCGUCCACGGUGAUUGAGAACAUCCACACCAUCAUGGCUGCCGCUGCCGUCAAGUUCAACUUCGACCAGCUCAGCCACCUGUUUGUCCUUAUACAGAAGGUCUGUAUGUGUGCUUAGGAAUGUCUCUGUGGGCUAGUAAAGUGUGUGUGUUAGUAAUGUUUGCAGGGCAUAAAAUUAACACCCGCCAAAUGCUGGUAGAUUUAGGUAUUGGCGGGUAAGAAUGUCUAUUGCACCAGCCACGUUGGGGGGGGGGGGUCAAUUUGCAGGCUCUACAGUGCGAGCAUUGCAUUCGCAUUUGUCAAUAAAAAUAGUAAAAAGUCAAGUAUGGGCAUAUGUGCGAUUUGCGAUUUCUAGCAGAAAAAUGCUGAAGUAGCUGUUUUCAAAGUAUAUCUGCUGUUUUGUUUCAUAGCUGCUAAUCGCACAAAGAAAUAUGAAUCCUACAUCCCACCUUGCGCAGCAAAAGCUUUGCGCACUGUGAGUGAAAAGCUGAUAGAUACAUUUUUGGAGGCGCUGGCAUAGGCAUAAAAGUUGGUCUAAUUUACUCAAGUCAGCAAAGUGAGACUUUGUCCUGUUCUUUCUUGGCUAUUUACAUUGUUUUGUUCACAAGCUCGGUUGUUUUUCAAUGUUAGUUUGAAUCUGCUGCUUCAGCUGAUAGCAGAGAUGCUGUAGAUGCUGUCUACUACUAGUCACAUCCCAAAUCUCACACAGACUCGAGUGGCCCUGUUACCAUGGUAACCUCCUGCCCUUAAAGGGGCAGCUGAACAUUUUGUCUCAUCUGAUAUUUUGGGUAAAAGACUCAGGUCACAAAAAAUCAAAUGAAAUUGAGCAAUCUACCACAUUUACUGAAUUCUAAUACAUUUCUUGUUUUAGAAACAUUACAAAGUGUGGUGGACAGUUUAAAAAAAAUGUUUGUGUGUGUGUUCCAGAGCUGGGAGGUGGAGAGUGACCGUGUGAGGCAGAAGCUGUUGAGUCUGAUUGGGAGGAUCGGUAGAGAAGCCCGGUCUGAGGCCACCACAGGGAAGGUGCUGGAGGUGCUGUGGGAGCUAGCCCACCUACCCAUCCUGCCCACCUCCCUGGUACAGCAGGCCUCUGAGGAACACCUGGCCAUCCUCACUGACGCAUACGCUGUGAAGGAGACUGUCAAGCGCUGCUACAUCAUCAAAUGUAUAGAAGACAUCAAGAAGGUGAGAAACACACACACACACUUUGUCUCGCUGUAGGUUGAAGCUCUCUGUCACUCACAGCCUUUGAGUUCAAAUUGAAUAUCAAUGUACGUUUUUUUACACGCACGCACACGCCCUGAAUAAGCCAGUUUAUGUUUGUAGACUCAGACUGAGGAGGAGGGUAAAACCAGCGACAAUCAGAGCUCGUUUCUUACUGGCUCCUGGGGCAAGAAGAAAGCCAAAGAAAACUCAUUGGCCAAAGUAAGAGAAGCCCCUCCACUUCAAACUCUACUGACCAAUCAGCAUUCACAUUCAAUCUUCUCACUGCUACACACCAACCAAUCCUAGAGGAGGGCUGGAUCACGGGGCGAUUUGAUUGGUCACUGAAGGAUUGCCUCACUUGAUUUUAAUGCUGCGUUCAUAACCAAGUGGGAAGGUGGAAAUGACCAGUUGUGAAGUCGUAAAUACCAGUUGGAUGCAUUCACGUGCUUUGAACUCUUCGAGAAACGCAGAUUGGCUAAUGGCCAACAAGCUGUGUCAACCAUUAACUAAAAGUACAGCUAUCAUGCUUGUAAACAAAUUAUAGGGUUCAAUAACCAUAUUUAUAGAUUGCUUUUUAUAAAUAAUAUUUUAGUUGUUGCAUUUAACUGCCCAAAAUGCUGUUAUCUAGGUAAUUUCCUUAGUAGGUGAUGUCAGAGGUCAGCAUGUGGAGAAGUCGGAGCUCAGGGAUGAAAGACGAGUUUCCCACUAGUAAUUACCAGUUGGAGAGGCAUUCAAGUGGAUCUUUCCUAGUUGUAUGUGGUAAAUGCCACCUUCCCACUUGGUUAUGAACGCAGGGUAACAUGAGCUGUUUCACUACUACAGCAGGAGUCUAAUUCUCUGUGGAAUGGGCCAGUCUUCAUUGAGGUCAUAAGGCGUGUGUGUGUUGGGGAAGUCAAGGGGUGAGAUAUUGAUGGGAUAAAGUUUAUGUUUGGGCGUCAAGGUGUGUGUGGGGGGUGGGCUCUGGUUUUCUGUUUCAUGUGAUUGGAUGAGCUGAAGGAAUCAGACGGUACUGCUCAUCUAGUGUGUGUGUGUGUGUGUGCGUGUGUGUAGUCUUCUCAGCAGGGCAGUCCCCAAGCGGUCUGGGUGGUUCCAGCUCUGCGGCAGCUCCAUGAUAUCACACGCUCCUUCAUCAAACAGUCCUACCAGAAACAGGACAAGGUACACACACACAUUACCUACACACAUUACCCCUGCAAGAGAGACCUUAUCCAAGUUGGCAGCAGUCGACAGCAUUAAAAGUACAUGAAUACAGUACAGUACAUUACAUGACACAUUUUUAAAUGAACAGACACAUCUUCAUAGCACAUGUGCUCCCCCAGCAGAGCAUCAUCCAGGACUUGAAGAAGAACUUUGAGAUCGUCAAACUGAUCACAGGAUCUCUGGUGGUCUGUCAUCGACUGGCUGUGUCUGCAGCUGGGAACAAUGGACUGACCGGACACACACUGGUGGAUGGACGAUACACCUACCAGGAGGUACCACAGCGUGUCUGUUUGUCUGUCUGUCUGUGUGUGUGAUUUGCUUUGAUGGGUUGAGGAAUCUAGAGCUUUGGUAGAAGUUUAUGUGGUUGAGAUUACGGCUGUGACGAUACCAGUAUCGCAAUAUUUGUAGAAACAUAUUCUGCUGUAUGUAAAAUAUUGUGUGAUAUAGAUUUGGAAAAUAAACAAAUGUGACUGGAUGACAACAUAAUGUUUGUUUCCAACAUUAGGGCUGUUUUCCUAAAGAAGUUAAAUCCACUUUCGUGUUUUGUUUCCUUGCCACGAUAGUAACGAGUAUCAUGAUACUGGUAUCGUCCCGGCCCUAGUUGAGAUGCUGGAUGAUGGACUGAGGAUUUUGACCUCUGUGAGAGUUUCAAGUUUUAAUGUCACAUGCACAAGUACAGUGAAAUGCCUUUCUUGCAAGCUCUAAACCCAAUAAUGCAAUAAUCAAUAACAAUGUAUUACUAGAAAAAAACACACGAGGAAUAAGAAAUAUGAAAUACACAAUUAAGUAAGUAAGUAAGGGUCUGUCCGCACAACCCUCCGUAGCGCCAUGCCAUCGAGGGUGGUACUAUUGCCAUACCAAGCAUUGAUGCAGCCAGUCAAUAUGCUCUCUAUGGUACAGCUGUAGAACCUUUUCAGGAUUUGAGGGCCCAUUCCAAACUUUUUCAACCUCCUGAGGGGGAAGAGGCACUGUCGCGCCUUCUUCACGACUGUGCGUGUAUGUUUGGACCAUCUUUAGUGGUUUGGACACAGAGGAACUUGAAGCUGUCUACCUGCUCCACUGCAGGCAACAUCACCUCCACCAGGGUCAGCAUGGUGGAGGUGAUGUUGCCUACCCUCACCACCUGGGGUCGGCCCGUCAGGAAGUCCAGGAUCCAGUAGCAGAGGGAGGUGUUCAGACCCAGAGUCCUAAUCUUGGUGACAAGCUUGGAGGGGAUAAUGGUGUUGAACGCUGACCUGUAGUCAAUAAACAGCAUUCUCACAUAGGUAUUCUUCUUAUCUCGGUGGGUGAGAGCAGUGUGGAGACCAAUUGAGAUUGUUGGGGCGGUAUGCAAAUUGGAUUGGGUCUAGGGUGGCUGGGAUGGUGGUGUUAAUGUGUGCCAUAACCACCCUCUCAAAGUGCUACAGGGUGGUAAUCAUUGUGGCAUGAGGCCUUAGAGUUCUUAGGAACGAGGAUGAUUGUGGUUUGAAGUCCAUGCUAGCCUCUGACUCUCUCUCUCUCUCUCUCCCUCCCCUCCUCAGUAUCUAGACGGCCACCUGAGGUUCCUGGCCUUCUUCCUCCAGGAGGCUAGCCUCUACCUGGUCUGGAACAGAGCCAAAGAACUAUGGGACUGCCUGGUCUCUGGACCCGAAGUCUGCGAGCUGGACAGAGAGGUACACACACACGUUACACAGUCUACAUUACAUAGUCUACUCUGUGUGUCUAUACACACUAACUUUACCUGUGUGUGUAGAUGUGUUUUGAGUGGUUCACUAAGGGCCAGCAUGAUCUGGAGAGUGAUGUUCAGCAGCAGCUCUUCAAAGAGAAGAUCCUCAAACUGGAGCCCUACGAGAUUACUAUGAAUGGUGAGACAUACACACCAUUUUUGUUGGUGGCCCACUCAUUGACAUAUGUAGAUCUUACAUAGUGGCUUUAACCAGGGUUUUAUUUGGGAUGUUUCAGGCUUCAAUCUGUUCAAGACCUUCUUUGAGAAUGUCAACUUGUGUGACCAUCGCUUGAAACGCCAGGGGACUCAACUGGUGAGUCAGUACAUGCAAACACAGUCUUGUUUUACUAACAUUGUGGGGACACAAUUGAUUCCCAUUCAAAAUCCUAUUUACCCUAACCCCAAAACUUAAUCCUAAACCUCUAACCCUAAUUCUAACUCUUACCCUAAACCCUCUAGAAAUAGCCUUUUUCCUUGUGGGGAUCGCCAAAAUGUCCCCAGCUGGUCAAAUUUUUUCUGGUCCCCACAAGUAUAGUUACAUUUGUCCACAUGCAGCCAUUUUAGGUUGUUACACGAAAUUAGUGCCCUUUUGAAAUUUUAAUUAGAAAUUGUGCGCAAUAUAGAAUUUGUAAAGCCUGUUAUAUUCAAUAAAGUGCCCUUUUAAUAUAGACCACAUGGAGAAUUCAAUACAUCUGUUUUUUUUUAAAUAUGAAUAAAGACUUUCUAAAGUGACAAUUUUACCCACUUAACCCCAAAUGUCUUAAAGUUUUCACCAUCAUUUUAAAGCCCUAGUUAUUUUGUUGCUUUAAAGUCAUUUCUGAAGAUUAUUAUUUAUUUAAUGUAAUUUAGUGAUUCAUGUUAAGGUAAUAAAUAAAAAACGUGUUCCUCAUUUCGAGGUCAAACCUCAUACGUGAACUGAACUCUCGUUUUAAUUUGGGAAACUAUUCCUUUUUAAAAUGUUUUAUUCAAAAGAAACAUUGAACAUCUAAUAGUCAAAUCAGCAGGUGGGCUGGUUCAACUCUUUGGCCAUUUUCUGGUGUUUUGUAGUGGAAAUCUGAGUUGGACGAGCAUAACACAUCAACCUUGUUACCCAUAGAUAGGCAGGCUAGAAAUGUUUUACAAAUGUUUUUUUUUUUUUAAAGCUUGCAUUCAAUUGCCCCUCCAGUUGCACACAACAAGCUUCCAUUUCCCCCGUCAUAAAAUAAUGUAUGGCUGAUUUUAAGAUGAAAUCAUCAAUCCUGUUACGGUCAACCCUACUACUUUAUUUGGCACUUAAAGCGGCAAUGUAUAACUUUUGGUGCGACCCAACAAUUGACAUAGAACGUUGAGUUAAAGAUCUUUCAUAAGUUUUAUUUUUGCGUCUUUUACUUUCGGUUUUGUACACCAGCUGAAAAUACAAUAUUUUUGGGUAUGGAAAACAGCGGUUUAGAUGGUGCAAUGAAUCUCUACAUGCUUGUUUUGUCACUAACUGAAAUUAGGCAAACUAUUCAAAUUUUAGCAACCAGGAAAUGGCAGAGCGAUUUCUGCAUAGUGCACCUUUAAUAGGCAUUAAUAAUACUAUAGUCUAUUGUUAUUUUUUAUUGUAAAAAAUGUGCUCUUUAUGACAGAAUGUUAAAAUUAAAUUAAAUCAAAUGUUAUUUGCCACAUGCGCCGAAUACAACAGGUGUAGACAUUACAGUGAAAUGCUUACUUACAAGCCCUUAACCAACAAUGCAGUUACAAAAAAAAGUGUUAAGUAAAAAAUUGAUAAGUAAGAAAUAAAAGCAAAUAACUAAAGAGCAGCAGUAAAAUAAAAUAAUCAAGUCAAAAUAAUCAAGUCACCGGCUAGUUGAGGUAAUUAGGUGACAUUUUGAGAAGUUACUCAUCUCAAAAGGCACCGACGUGGUGGAAUGAUCCCUUUUAUGUCUAGACAGUCGUUCAUCUCCAUAUCAGGAUUGAGACAUAUUUUCUGAGCUGGAAAGUCAUUUACCGGUAUGGACUCCAACAUUCUGACAGUUUCUGUCAAUUUAUUCAGCAUAUGAGGCUAAAACUAGCAUGACAGUUAGGAUUAACACACCUGUGGGACCUAAACACCCUAACCCUUUUAUCAUUAUGGUCCAGUGUGUGGAGCGGCUGGACCUGGCUGGGAUGGACUUUAUCUGGCGCAUCGCCAUGGAAACGCCUGACGAGGAGAUCGCUAAUGAGGCCAUCCAGCUCAUCAUCACCUACAGCUACACCAACCUCAACCCAAAAAUGAAGAAGGUGUGUGUGUGCAGGGUUUGAUGGCGGAUUACUUUUAUUUAUUUUUAUUUAACCUUUAUUUAACUAGGCAAGUCAGUUAAGAACAAAUUCUUAUUUACAAUGACGGCCUACCAAAAGGCAAAAGGCCUCCUGCGGGGACGGGGGCUGGGAUUAAAAAUAAAAAUAUAGGACAAAACACACAUCACGACGAGAGACACCACAAAACUACAUAAAGAGACCUAACACAACAACAGCAUGGUAGCAACACAUGACAACACAGCAUGGUAGCAACACCACAUGACAGCAACAUGGUAGCAACACAACAUGGCAGCAGCACAACAUGGUAGCAGCACAAAACAUGGUACAAACAUUAUUGGGCACAGACAACAGCACAAAAGCAAGAAGGUAGAGACAACAAUACAUCACGCGAAGCAGCCACAACUGUCAGUAAGAGUGUCCAUGAUUGAGUCUUUGAAUGAAGAGAUGGAGAUAAAACUGUCCAGUUUGAGUGUUUUUUGAAAAAUUUAAUCAGUUACUGAUUAGAGAUUACAUGACAGUAAAAGUAAUUAGUAAUAUAUUCCAUUGGAAUACUCAAAAUGAGUAACGCAGUCUGAAUUAUUUUUGGAUUACUUGGUUAGCCAUUAUCUGCCUCCUCAGUUUAUGCUGCAGACUGAUGAGUCCCCUCUCUGCCCACCCAACUCCUCUCUUGCCCACACAACUCCCCAGCAUCUUUGGGCAAUUGCUGGCUCAGGUGCCUGUUGCAUCUUAUUGAUGAAAUGGCAUCACUGCUAAAAAGUCAGCUUCACUGCCAAGUUCUAGGGAAAGCAUUCCCAACUCUCGUUAUUUGGUUGUCCAGUUAUAGACCUACUACACCCAGCCACCCAGUAAAAGAGGAAAUGGUCAUUUGAAUGUCUGGCCCACUUUUAACAUAACAGUCUGGAACGAUAAAGUCUUCAAUAGACAUACAGUGGGGGAAAAAAGUAUUUAGUCAGCCACCAAUUGUGCAAGUUCUCCCACUUAAAAAGAUGAGAGAGGCCUGUAAUUUUCAUCAUAGGUACACGUCAACUAUGACAGACAAAAUGAGAAAAAAAAAUCCAGAAAAUCGCAUUGUAGGAUUUUUAAUGAAUUUAUUUGCAAAUUAUGGUGGAAAAUAAGUAUUUGGUCAAUAACAAAAGUUUCUCAAUACUUUGUUAUAUACCCUUUGUUGGCAAUGACACAGGUCAAGCGUUUUCUGUAAGUCUUCACAAGGUUUUCACACACUGUUGCUGGUAUUUUGGCCCAUUCCUCCAUGCAGAUCUCCUCUAGAGCAGUGAUGUUUUGGGGCUGUCGCUGGGCAACACGGACUUUCAACUCCCUCCAAAUAUUUUCUAUGGGGUUGAGAUCUGGAGACUGGCUAGGCCACUCCAGGACCUUGAAAUGCUUCUUACGAAGCCACUCCUUCGUUGCCCGGGCGGUGUGUUUGGGAUCAUUGUCAUGCCGUCCUGGUCCCUUUGCAGAAAAACAGCCCCAAAGCAUGAUGUUUCCACCCCCAUGCUUCACAGUAGGUAUGGUGUUCUUUGGAUGCAACUCAGCAUUCUUUGUCCUCCAAACACGACGAGUUGAGUUUUGACCAAAAAGUUCUAUUUUGGUUUCAUCUGACCAUAUGACAUUCUCCCAAUCCUCUUCUGGAUCAUCAAAAUGCACUCUAGCAAACUUCAGACGGGCCUGGACAUGUACUGGCUUAAGCAGGGGGACACGUCUGGCACUGCAGGAUUUGAGUCCCUGGCGGCGUAGUGUGUUACUGAUGGUAGGCUUUGUUACUUUGGUCCCAGCUCUCUGCAGGUCAUUCACUAGGUCCCCCCGUGUGGUUCUGGGAUUUUUGCUCACCGCUCUUGUGAUCAUUUUGACCCCACGGGGUGAGAUCUUGCGUGGAGCCCCAGAUCGAGGGAGAUUAUCAGUGGUCUUGUAUGUCUUCCAUUUCCUAAUAAUUGCUCCCACAGUUGAUUUCUUCAAACCAAGCUGCUUACCUAUUGCAGAUUCAGUCUUUUUUUCUCAAUUUGUCUGUCAUAGUUGACGUGUACCUAUGUUGAAAAUUACAGGCCUCUCUCAUCUUUUUAAGUGGGAGAACUUGCACAAUUGGUGGCUGACUAAAUACUUUUUUCCCCCACUGUAUGUAACAGAUCCAAGAUGAAAUGGGGGAUGAUUUAGUUCUCAGUAAGCGGGGGUCUGAUGUUUUUUAUUUAAAGAAAGUUUCUGUAGAAACAACCAAGGAAAGCAAUUUGGCAGUCUUGGAGAUUUUAAAUAGAUUCGAACAGAAGAGAGGAGUUUCCACUAAAAGGUGACUCCAUUUCCACUAAAAGGUGACUUACGCUCAGCACUGCUUUCAAAAACCUGCAAUUUCAAUGUGUUUGAGGCAAACAAUUGCAGCCCACUUAUUGAUAUUAGAUGAAGUAAUCAGCUGUUUUUAAGAAUAUAACAGUAAUUCGAUUCCACCUAUUUUUUAUUUCUUUUAAGCAAUCUGGGCUAAUAGUUAAUUCAUUUUUGUAAUCUGAUUACGUAAUCCCUGUUACAUGUAAUCCAUUAGUACCCAAACCUGUGUGUGUGGGGCAUGGCUACGGUCUCUGCUAUUGACUCUGUGUGUCUCUGUAGGAUUCUGUGUCUUUACACAAGAAGUUCAUCGCUGAUUGUUACAAACGACUGGAGGCAGCCAGUUCAGCUCUAGGAGGCCCCACGUUGACUCAUGCUGUUACCAGGGCAACCAAGAUGCUGACGGCCACCGCCAUGCCGACUGUUGCUACGUCUGUCCAAUCACCUUCCAGGUCCACCAAACUCGUGAUCAUUGAGAGGCUGCUGCUAUUGGCUGAGCGUUACGUCAUCACUAUCGAGGUAAGACCUCACACUGACCAAAAUAUGUAACACAGCAUUUACAAUUUUUGUUUAAUCGUUAGAAACGACUUUCACCUAUGGUAUGUCGUUAUAAACCAUUUAUAUUUGGGUGACGAGAGGGGGAUGAGAGCGUGACAUGGAAAGAUAGAUAAAUGACUGUGGCUGCGUGUGUGUAUAGGACCUGUACUCUGUGCCUCGUACCAUUCUACCUCACGGAGCGUCGUUCAAUGGCCACCCUGUCUCUCUGCACGUCACCUAUGAGUCCACCAAAGACACCUUCACCCUGGAGGCCCACAGUAACGAGACUAUAGGCAGCAUCCGCUGGAAGAUUGCUGAGCACCUCAGCUGUCCAGUCGACAACGUCCAGAUCUUUGCCAAUGACAGCGUGGUAAGUGUGCAUCAUUUGUAUCUGUGUGUGCCUUGUUGACUGAACAUAGUGUGUGUGACAGAAUAGUAAGCCCAAAUUUGGAAGAUUGUGUGUGUGACUGUGUAUCAUAUGUAAAUGUGUGUGUGUGUUUUGUUUAACUCUCUCCCUCUGUCUGUAGUUGACAAUGAACCGGGACCAGAAGCUGCUGUCCCAGCUGGGGUUCAGUGAUGAGCAGUCUCUGACAGUGAAGAGCUCCGGCACCGGCACGCCCUCUGGUGGCAGCUCAGAGUCCUCCGCCUCCGCCUCUUCCUCGAGCUCUGCGGUCUUCAACUCAGCCUACGCUAUGGAACAGGUAUACCACACACAAUCACACACACACACACACACACACACACACACACACACACACACACACACACACGUACAGUAUAUACAAACACAUUGAGUUCAUGUUUGAGUCUGAUUAUGUGCUAAUGGUGUGUUUGUAGGAGAAGUCCCUUCCAGGUGUUGUCAUGGCGUUGGUGUGUAACGUGUUUGAGAUGCUUUACCAGCUGGCCAACCUGGAUGAACCCCGGUGAGUCUUACACUAACACACACAGAUCCUCUGAAUCCUGAAUGGUCCAAAAUGUAUAACGUUCUGUGUGUGCGUUCCAGGAUAACCCUGCGUGUGCGUAAGCUGCUGCUGCUGAUACCAACAGACCCAGAGGUUCAGGAUGCUCUAGAUAACUUUGUUCCCAAAGAGUCCAGUGUAUGGAGUCACCAGGUACAUUUACAUUAACUAGUUCUAUAGCUACUAACCCUUAGUACUAUUAUAAUCUAACCCUGUACUAGCAAACAUCAGGUCAAGCGCAGUGGGUUAGUUUGUGUUUGUGUUGAAAUGAUGAGGAGAGUUCAACCCCUCUGACCAGAGCCAGUGUGACAACAUGUAUGUGUUUCCUGUGUGUGUCUCCUGUAGAAGACGCUGUUCACUCUGGGUCAGGGGUCAGGCUCUCGCUCUCCGUCUCUGGGUUCUAAGCAGCAGCACCAGCCCAGCGCCGCCUCCAUCUUGGAAUCACUCUUCAGGUCCUCUGCUCCCGGGAUGUCCACCUUCAGAGUCCUCUACAACCUAGAGGUACACACACACACACACACACACACACACACACACACACACAUACAUUUGUGCACGGACACACUUCACACAUUUCUUUCUGUGACCUCUCACUUUAAUUUCUUUCUUUCUUUCUUUCUUUCUUUCUUUCUUUCUUUCUUUCUUUCUUUCUUUCUUUCUUUCUUUCUUUCUUUCUUUCUUUCUUUCUUUCUUUCUCUCUUUCUCUCUUUCUCUCUUUCUUUCUUUCUUUCUUUCUCUCUCUCUCUCAAGGUGUUGAGUUCUAAGUUGAUGCCAACCUCAGAUGAUGAGAUGGCUAAGACCAGUGUCAAGUCUUUCUGUGAGAACUUCCUGAAAGCUGGAGGACUCAGUUUGGUGGUGAACGUGAUGCAGCGAGACUCUAUUCCCUCUGAGGUGGACUAUGAGACCAGACAGGGAGUCUACUCCAUCUGUCUACAACUGGCCAGGUACACACACACACACACACACACACACACACACACGUUAAGAUAAGUUGUUAGAGAGGUUGAAUGUGAUUGGAUCUUUCUUUCCCCUGCAGGUUCCUAUUGGUUGGCCAGAGUAUGCCGUCGUUGCUGGAUGAUGAUGUCAUCCGAGAGGGCGACACGCUGUCUAGUCGGCCGUUCCGUAACGCGGGGCGACCGGGGAGGCAGCUGUCUCUGUGUGGAACACCAGAGAAGAGCUCCUAUAGACAGAUGUCUCUGUCUGAACGCUCCUCCAUCAGAGUAGAGGAGAUCAUCCCUGCUGCACGUGUAGCUAUACAGGUACAUACACAUACACACAACCCCCUAAUGCAUACCUAACACAAACAUGCACCUAAUACACACAUCUAACACACACCUCUAACCCUGUCUCUCCUCUAUAGACGAUGGAGGUGGGGGACUUCACCUCGACUGUGGCGUGCUUCAUGCGUCUCACCUGGGCAGCAGCCGCCGGCCGAUUGGACCUCGUCGGCAGUCCACAGCCAAUCAGACCUGAGCACAGCUCGCUCCUCCCACUCGGGGUCCGCACCCGUGUCAGCAGCACUGGUGAGACACACACACACACACACACAAGGCACUGGCAGAUUAUAUUGACACAUAUUUAACAACAUAAACAUCAGCCUGAAUUGUGAGCAAUGAAAUUAUUACAAUAUUCUGAUUAUUUUGCCUUAUACUGAGGAUUUCGCUCUCUCCUCUCUGUCUUUUUACAUCUCCCUUCCUCUCUCUCUCUCUCUCUCUGUCUCUCUCUACAGGAAGUAACUGCAGCUCCAGCAGUGAGGGUGAGGCGCCGCCCACAGCGCUGCAUGCUGGGAUAUGCGUGAAGCAGCAGAUUGUUUCUAUUAAAGACUGCAUCAUCGCUAGAGAGGCCCUGUCUCUACUGGUCACCUGUCUACAGCUACGAACACAGCAGCUAGGUAACACACACACUCACACACACACACACACACACACACACACACACACACACACACACUGAUCAUUGACGACAAUGAGACAGCCUAAAGGGAGGGGGUUCAGAGACCUGGCAGUGUGUUGCCAGAACAACAUCCUCUCCCUCAACAGGAAACGGAGGGCUGAGCAAGCCCCCAUUCACAUCUACGGGGCUGUAGUAGGGCGGGUCGGGAGUUCCUCGGUGUCCACAUCACUAAGGCUCUAUCAUGGUCCACACACACCAACACAGUCGUGAAGAGGACACGACAACGCCUCUUCCCCCUCACAAGGUUGAAAAGAUUUGGCAUGGGCCCUCAAAAGGUUAUACAGCUCCACCAUUGAGAUCAUCUUGACUGGCUGCAUCAACGCUUGGUAUAGCAACUGCUUGUCAUCUGACCGCAAGGCCCUACAGAGGGUAAUGCGUACGGCCCAAUACAUCACUGGGGCCGAGCUCCCUGCCAUCCAGGACCUGUAUACCAGGCGGUGUCAGAGGAAGGCCAUAAAAAUGGUCAAUGACUCCAGCCACCCAAGUCAUAGACUGUUCUCUCUGCUACUGCACGGCGAGCGGUACCGAUGCACCAAGUUUGGAACCAACAGGACCCUGAACAGCUUCUACCCCCAAGCCAUAGGGACUGCGAAAUAGUUAGUCUGAGUAGCUAUUCUGUUAUCUAUUUAACUAUCUGCAUUUACCCUUUUUGCACUAACUUUUUUGACUAAUCACAUACGCUGCUGCUACUGUUUAUUAUCUGUCACUUUAUUCCUAGUUAUAUGUACAUAUCUACCUCAAUUACCUCAUAUCCCUGCACACAGACUUAGUACUGGUACCCCGUGUAUAUAACCAAGUUAUCGUUACCCAUUGUGUAUUUAUUAUUACUUUUAUUAUUACGUGUUUUACUUUUCUAUUAUUUCUCUAUUUUCUCUCUCUGCAUUGUUGGGAAGGUCCCGUAAGUAAGCAUUUCACCGUUAGUCUACACCUGUUGUUUUACGACGCAAGUGACGAAUAUAAUUUGAUUUGAGACACAGACACUGUUUUAUGAAGACAUAAUGCUAACAGUGUGUGUCUCUAUCCAGGCUCAUUCUACAUCCUCCCCUGUGUCAGCGACUUCAUCAUCGACAUCCUGCUAGGAUCAGCCAGUGGAGAGGUAACUAGGAUGUGUGUGGGUGUGUGAGACGGAGUGUGUGCGUGUGUUCUAACCCGUGUCUCUGUCAGAUCCGGCGUGUGGCGUGUGACCAGCUGUAUACUCUGAGCCAAUCCGACACCUCUGCGUUCCCUGAGAUCAUCAAACCCAACGUGUUCCUGCUCCGAGUCGUCCUCACCUCCCAGCUGCCCCUCUGGAGCCCCACGUCUGUCAUGAGAGGAGUCAACCAGAGGUACAGUAGUGGGAGGCAGUAGUAAGUUACGUUCGACAGCAGAUGGCGCCAAACUAUCCAUGACCAAUGAUAGAUGUAUAGCAUCAUAUAGCUAUAGUUAGUUGUAAAUGUAUAUGGAUGUAUAGUGCCACGGACAGUUUUGUUCCGCGUGUUUGUCCUGUCUGUUUGUCUAUAUCUGAGUGUAAUAUUGUUCUGUCUGUCCAGGUUGCUGUCGCAGUGUACUGAGUACUUUGACCUGCGAUGUCAACUACUGGACGACUUGACCAGUGAGUUUACACACACGCACACACAAACUUGCGUGCGCGCACACACACACCCCAACAGUUUUCCAACACUGUCAUUGACACAUGAUGAAUGCUCCUGCCCCCCUCCAGGUUCGGAGAUAGAGGUGUUGUCAGUGAGUGCGGCGGCCAUGUUGGAAGAUGAGAUCAGCUGGUUGGAUAACUUUGAGCCCAGCUGGAGCUCUGAGAUGGAGACCAGCGAGGCUGACAACAUCCUGCAGGCUGGACACCUCCGCCUCAUCAAAACACUACUGUCACUCUGUGGCACAGAGAAGGAACAACUGGGUGAGUACACACACAUUCAUAUACUGUACACACACAGCGAUACAUAAAGAUCAGGUCCUUUAAGGUUCCAUUUUCCUAAUGCUUUGCUGUGGUAGGGCUACAGCACAAUUGCAAGUCAAUUUCCUGUCUUCUACCAUUACAAGACAGUCCAGGCGGUUCUGAUUUCAAAGUUGCUAAAUACAAGGCUUUCACAUUUACAGCGUGUGUUUUUGCUCCGCAGGUCCCUCUCUGAUCCAGCAGCUGUUAGAUGACUUCCUCUUCCGAGCAUCCCGCAUCAUCCUGAACACGUCUAACCCCGCCUCCAGCUCCCCCCCCAGCCACGACUUCCACCCCAAGUGCAGUAUGGCUAGCAGCAGACUGGCAGCCUACGAGGUGCUGGUGAUGCUGGCAGACAGCUCUGUGGCCAACCUACAGCUCAUCACCAGAGAACUGCUGUCCAUGCACCACCAGUCAGACCCCUCGCUCAGCAAGGAGUUUGAUGUGAGUCUCACACACAUUCUUGCACUCAUGUGCGCACAUACACAGAUGUGUGCACAGUAGGGGUGUAACGGUUCACCAAACCCACGUUUCGGUACAGCAGGAAAAUGAUAUGCCAUUUACAAUGUUCCUGGCAUUGUCUGUUGUGACUGGAUUGUUAUGUUGGGCCUCAAGUUUCCACUCUGAGGCUGCAUUUGUGGGAGGUGGGAGUUUACCAGUUGAGAAGUCGUAAAUACCAGUUGGAUGCGUUCAUGUGAUUUGAACUCGUUGAGAAACGCCGAUUGGCUAAUGGCCAACAAGCUGCGUCAACCAUAAACUAAAAGAACAGGUAUCAUGCUUGCAAACAAGUUAUAGAGUUAAAUAGAUUGCUUUUUAUAAAUAAUGUUUUGUUGUUUCAUUAAACUGCCAAAAAUGCUGUUGUACAUUUCCUUAGUAGGUGACGUCAGAGGUCAGCAUGCGGUAGAGGUGGGUGCUAAGGAUGAUAGACUAGUUUCCCACUAGUAAUUAUGAGUUUGAUGGCCGUUUAAGUGGAUUUUUCCCAGUCGUAUAUGGUAAAUUCCCUCUUCCAUCUUGGUUACGAACGCACCAUGACACUGCCUCCUUCAGUGCCAGAUGCGUACUUGUGACUCUCAUAAAGGGGGCGUGUCUGUAGCAUGGUACAUCUCCUUCCGAGGUAAUGUGGUGGGCUUUAACUGUUAAGUAAGCACAACACAGUGUGCGAACUUUUGCUUUGGCUGGCUUAUAUAGAGUGGGUAGCCUACUACCUGUUUGCUGAAAUGGUAGCAAGAGGGAAGUUCGUAACGUGGCUCGAGUACUUUCACAAGAAAAACCCUAUUCUCAACCAAUGAGAGUAGCCUACCUAUCGCUCUUGUCAUUUCUUUGGCCCGGUCACAAUCAGCUGCCAAGGGCUGCUUGAAUGCAGAGGGGAGACAAUGUUGUGUUGUUUCUUUGCGUUUCAGUCUUGCGGCGGUAUACCAGGGUGAUGUCGGUGUAAAUGUGUCGACAUAUUUGAGUGUUGCCAGCUGCAUAGGCUAUUCUCGUUGAGCGUGGUGACAUACUGUUAACGCGACAUACUGUUAACGUUUUAUCCACAACUCUCUGUCCAUCAUCGUUGUAAUCUACUGGGAAGCCAAAAUGUUCCCAAACUGGAGAUUUAAACGAUGAUGGUGGGAACCUCUAAUUCUGGUUUAUCGACCCCACCACUCGCCAUAGUAGAACUAGUUCCCAGCUGCGCCUCACAAAAGGACAGUUUGAAAUGCGGCAAUUAAGAUUUGAAUUUGGAUUACAACGUGUAAUUGGACUCUAGUUGUUUUAACGGAAUAGCCAGAAAUAUAUUUUCAGCUCCGAUUUACUCGAGGCAUUGGUCUACCAUGCAGCGUAGGCAUAGCCUAUAGGCCUAGUGUUUAAAAAAAAAUAUAUAUAUUCUAUCUGGUUCACAGUGCAGAAUGAACGGGGUCCCCAUACCGAAAAGUUCGGUACGAAUACGUGUACUGUUACUCCCCUAGUGCAUACAGACAACAAACACACACAACAAACAAUAAACACACGUGAAUGGAGAAAUGCUUGAUAGAACUGAAGCGUUUACAGGUAUGUAAUGUUUCUACCUUCAACGUGUCUAACUCUCUCUCUCCUUCUAUUUCCUCCCUCCUUCCGUGCCCCUCUCCCAGUUCCUCCCGCCGGUGGACAGUCGUUCUGUGUCAGGGUUCGUAGGGUUAAAGAACGGUGGCGCCACCUGCUAUAUGAAUGCUGUUUUCCAGCAGCUGUACAUGCAGCCCGGCCUGGCUGAGGCCUUUCUGUCUAUAGAGGACGACACGGAGCAGCCAGACGAGAGUGUGUUCUGUCAGGUCCAGUCUCUGUUUGGACACCUGAUGGAGAGCAAGCUGCAGUACUACGUCCCUGAGAACUUCUGGAAGGUAUCCGAACAUGCACACACACAUUCAAGUACACUACACAGUACAUACUCAACGAACUACCCGUGUUUCGGUCAAAAAUAAUGAAUGUUUGUGUUUCUGUAGAUCUUUAAGAUGUGGAAUAAGGAGCUGUAUGUACGAGAGCAACAGGAUGCCUAUGAGUUCUUCACUUCACUGGUGGACCAGUUGGACGAGCACCUCAAGGUAACACAGACUCCACUGUUCACAUCUACUUAACACACACAUUUAUAUUAUAAUGUAACACACACCUUUAUUGUUCACAUAUUGAGAUGUCUGUUUUGUUCUUUAGAAAAUCGGCCGCGAGCAGAUCUUUAAGAACACUUUCCAGGGAAUCUUCUCUGAUCAGAAGAUCUGCAAAGACUGCCCUCACCGGUGAGCUCACGCAUACACACACACACACACACACACACACACAGGCAGCCAUCACUUCUAAACCGCUAACUAUAACCUCUGACCUCUGACCGUAGAUAUGAGCGAGAGGAGACGUUUAUGGCGCUGAACCUGGGUGUGACUUCCUGUCAGAGUCUGGAGAUCUCAUUGGACCAGUUCGUCAGGGGGGAGGUGCUAGAAGGAACCAACGCCUACUAUUGCGAAAAGUGCAAGGAGAAGGUGUGUGUGUAUUAAUGAAUGCAUAAACAGGAUGUGUAUUAAGUCGCUGUCCAGUGUUAAUGUACAUGAAUGUUAACUUGGUGUGUGUAUCUCUCCAGCGUACCACAGUGAAGCGGACCUGCAUAAAGUCCCUGCCCAGUGUUCUCUGUAUCCAUCUGAUGCGCUUCGGCUUCGACUGGGAGAGCGGACGCUCGAUCAAAUACGACGAGCAGAUCAGGUUUCCCUGGGUGCUGAACAUGGAGCCCUACACAGUGUCUGGCAUGGCUCGUCAGGAUGGGGGGGCGGAGGGGGGAGACGGCCGGGGGGAAGUAGGGGGCUCACCCAGGAAGAAGGUCACUAUCUCUGAGAACUACGAGCUGGUGGGAGUCGUAGUCCACAGCGGACAGGCACACGCUGGACACUACUACUCCUUCAUAAAGGACCGGCGGUAAGAGACCAACACUUAAGUGUUAUAAACAAAUAUCUCACUUUUAAGACAAGCAAAAUACAUUGAUCACAAAUAGUCAUCUUACCAUUCUGCUCUCUCCCAUCUCUCUCCUCUCCUGUAGGGGAAGUGCUAGAGGAAGGUGGUAUAAGUUUAAUGACAACGUGGUCGAGGAGUUUGAUAUGAACGACGAGACUCUGGAGUACGAGUGCUUUGGAGGAGAGUACCAGCCUAAAGUCUACGAUCAGUGUAAGCCCUAUUUAACAUGUAGACCAAGUAGUGGAGGUCAAUGGAACAUUCUCAGCGCCAACACUUUUGGGGUCCCUCUGGGUAGUGUCCUCGGUCCCCUUUUUUCCCAGUUUAUUCUAUACAUUAAUGACAAACUCAUAAAAGAUCAAACAUAACAUCACUUUGUUUGUGUGUGUAGCUAACCCCUACCCUGACGUGCGGCGGCGGUAUUGGAAUGCCUACAUGUUGUUCUACCAGAGGAUCAGUGACCAGAACUCUCCAGUUCUCCCUAAGAAGAGCAGAGUCAGCGUCAUGAGGCAAGAGGCAGAAGACCUCACGCUGUGAGUCACACACACACAUAGCCUACAUACACACACCUCAUACACACACACUACUCACACUGUAACCCUCUCUCUUCCCUGUAGUUCGGCGCCCUCUAGCCCAGACGUCAGUCCCCAGUCUUCCCCUCGCCCCGCUAGAGCCAACAAUGACCGUCUCUCUGUCCUGACCCGCCUCGUACGAAAGGGAGAGAAGAAAGGUCUGUUUGUGGAGAAGAUGCCUGCUAGGAUCUACCAGGUGACUACACUGGAUUGGACUGGUUUGGGGGACCACGUUUUGUAAUCAAUCAUCUUGCCUGAGACCUGAAGAAUCUUUAAAAAAGCACCCUGUGUUCAUACCUAGGCAUUAGCUCAGAUAGCUAAUACAGUCUUGUGGCGCACAAACAAACUCCUCUCCCCUUCUGUCUCUCUCUCUCUCUCUCUCUCUCUCUCUCUCUCUCUCUCUCUCUCUCUCUCCUCUCUCUCUCUCUAUAGAUGGUGAGAGAUGAGAACCUGAAGUUUAUGAAGAACAGAGAUGUGUACAACAGCGACUACUUCAACUUCACCCUGUCACUGGCCUCCGUCAACGCGGUAUGUGUUUGUGUGUGUAGGAUAAACAGAGACGUGUCUGCAUAAUUCAAAGUUAUGCCUGCCUCUUUUAAAACUGUUCUUAUAAACAAUGUGUGUGUGUUGCAGACGAAGCUGAAGCACCCAGCCUACCAGGCCAUGGCCAGAGAGAGUCUCCAGCUAGCAGUCCACUUCCUGUUCCACACCUACCUCCACACCAAGAAGAAGCUGCGGGUGGACACAGAGGAGUGGAUGGCUACGGUGGAGGUGCUGCUGUCUAAAAGCAGUGAAGCCUGUCACUGGAUGGCUCAGUACCUGGUGGGACCUGAGGGAAAAGAGAUCACCAAGUCAGUACUGCUAUAAAACUACUAUAAUACUACUAUUCUACUACUUAGAGGUGUUGCGGUGACCGUAUUACCGCCACACCGGCAGUCAUGUGUUAUGACCGCAGUCAAAUUCUACGUGACCGUUGAGUCAUGGUAAUCUCCUCUUAUGUGCUCUGGACAUGUGUUGGUAGUACCCAACACCAGGUCGCUAAUGGCCUGGUACUCAGGGCUCUAUUUUCCCUCUAACCACUCUGACAUCAAUGCAAUGCAAUCAGAAAUCACAUCAAAACAGUAUCAUGCUUUUAAAACUCACCAUUAGGCAAAAAUUGUUUACCUCAUUGUGAUGAUCAAUUUGAAGAAAGAAGUUCAACAACAGGUUGAAACUGAGUGGAAAACGUGGUCGUUGUGGAUGUUUCAAAGCCAAAUGCAGCGAAAUUGACGUAGCUUUCUAAGGUGAUGAUUAAUUCAAAGUGUUUAAGACGUUGUAUGUAGAACAUCCAUUCGCAUAUUAGAGCUUAUGCUAACUUUUUCCCAUUAUAUGUUCUGAUUCCGAAGACAGACAGGUUUGUAUCAUUCACAACUAAAGUUGCCAUAUAACUCUAAAUCUAGCGUAUAUAGGACCUGUUUCAAAUUAUCACUUUUACGCUCAACAUAGCCACUUCAUAUGCGCACUCACUCCGGAAUGGGGAAAAAUAUCCUUUCUAUUUGAUUCAAUUAUAUUUUUCUUACUAUAAAAUCAUAUAAUAUAAAAUAAUGGCAUGGGACUUAUAAGCAUAUCUUAUCUGCUAAAUGAACAAGCCUACAGCCUAUGGCAUGGCGCAUAGCCAGAUAACAUACAUUAGGCCGAUUCCUAUUCUGUUAUUCUGAAAUAUAUUUUCUUCAUAUCAUAAUGUUCUUUAGACCUGACUAAAAUAAAUAAUGGAUUUAUUGUGAUGGUAUAUAUUAAAUGGCUUUAUUAGACUUUUUUUUGUGUAGAUGUUCCAAAGGUGCGCAUCAGCGGCUUGUAUGCGUGGAGACCUGGAGAUGCUAAACGUGUUUGUUAACCCUCCUAUUAUGUUGCGUGUCAAUUUGACCCAUUUCCACUUUUGAGUUGUCUAAAAUACUAGUUAACAUCUCUUUAUCUCCAUGAAAUUAAAUGACUUUUCCUCAUUUAGGGUCAUGAACCUAACUGCAAAAUGUGGACACACUGAUGUUUUGUGGAAUGUCUGUGUAGAGUUUGUACACAAACAUGACGUUGUGGAUCAUUUUGACCCGGAGGCUUUCAUGUGUAUAGAUAUUUGCACAGGUCCAAAAUAAACAAGUGUCUUUAAUGUAUUUUAUUUUGACUAGUUCUGGUUGCACUUUUAUAAUUAUGUUUGGGUGAAAAUGAGAUUUCCCAAGCUUCUCGUUCUCAGUGCAAGAGCAGCAGAUCUCUGACACAAACACAAAAAUGAGCUUCAAAAGAUUUUCAGUCAAUGAAGCCUUAUCACAAAUUCUGGACUGUGACAGUGAAAUAGAAGAAAGGGUUUCAGAGACGGAGGACAUUUCAGAGAUAGAGGACAAUGCUGUUGAUGAUCCAGAUUGUGAAUUUUUCUAUGGUGAAGAGGAUUCAUACCAUCAACUCCAUCAGAUGAGAGAGAGAGCAUGCAACAAACAUCAUCCAGAGAAGAGAGGACAUGGAAGUCUAAAGAUGGUAAUAUACAGUGGGGGAAAAAAGUAUUUAGUCAGCCACCAAUUGUGCAAGUUCUCCCACUUAAAAAUAUGACAGAGGCCUGUAAUUUUCAUCAACAAAUUGAGAUUUUUUUUCUCCAGAAAAUCACAUUGUAGGAUUUUUAAUGAAUUUAUUUGCAAAUUAUGGUGGAAAAUAAGUAUUUGGUUACCUACAAACAAGCAAGAUUUCUGGCUCUCACAGACCUGUAACUUCUUCUUUAAGAGGCUCCUCUGUCCUCCACUCGUUACCUGUAUUAAUGGCACCUGUUUGAACUUGUUAUCAGUAUAAAAGACACCUGUCCACAACCUCAAACAGUCACACUCCAAACUCCACUAUGGCCAAGACCAAAGAGCUGUCAAAGGACUCCAGAAACAAAAUUGUAGACCUGCACCAGGCUGGGAAGACUGAAUCUGUAAUAGGUAAGCAGCUUGGUUUGAAGAAAUCAACUGUGGGAACAAUUAUUAGGAAAUGGAAGACAUACAAGACCACUGAUAAUCUCCCUCGAUCUGGGGCUCCACGCAAGAUCUCACCCCAUGGGGUCAAAAUGAUUACAAGAACGGUGAGCAAAAAUCCCAGAACCACACGGGGGGACCUAGUGAAUGACCUGCAGAGAGCUGGGACCAAAGUAACAAAGCCUACCAUCAGUAACAUACUACGCCGCCAGGGACUUAAAUCCUGCAGCGCAAGACGUGUCCCCCUACUUAAGCCAGUACAUGUCCAGGCCCGUCUGAAGUUUGCUAGAGUGCAUUUGGAUGAUCCAGAAGAGGAUUGGGAGAAUGUCAUGUGGUCAGAUGAAACCAAAAUAUAACUUUUUGGUAAAAACUCAACUCGUCGUGUUUGGAGGACAAAGAAUGCUGAGUUGCAUCCAAAGAACACCAUACCUACUGUGAAGCAUGGGGGUGGAAACAUCAUGCUUUGGGGCUGUUUUUCUGCAAAGGGACCAGGACGACUGAUCCGUGUAAAGGAAAGAAUGAAUGGGGCCAUGUAUCGUGAGAUUUUGAGUGAAAAACCUCCUUCCAUCAGCAAGGGCAUUGAAGAUGAAAAAGUGGCUGGGUCUUUCAGCAUGACAAUGAUCCCAAACACACCGCCCGGCCAACGAAGGAGUGGCUUCGUAAGAAGCAUUUCAAGGUCCUGGAGUGGCCUAGCCAGUCUCCAGAUCUCAACCCCAUAGAAAAUCUUUGGAGGGAGUUGAAAGUCUGUGUUGCCCAGCGACAGCCCCAAAACAUCACUGCUCUAGAGGAGAUCUGCAUGGAGGAAUGGGCCAAAAUACCAGCAACAGUGUGUGAAAACCUUGUGAAGACUUACAGAAAACUUUUGACCUGUGUCAUUGCCAACAAAGGGUAUAUAACAAAGUAUUGAGAAACUUUUGUUAUUGACCAAAUACUUAUUUUCCACCAUAAUUUGAAAAUAAAUUCAUUAAAAAUCCUACAAUGUGAUUUUCUGGAGAAAAAAAAAGCUCAUUUUGUCUGUCAUAGUUGACGUGUACCUAUGAUGAAAAUUACAGGCCUCUUUCAUCUUUUUAAGUGGGAGAACUUGCACAAUUGGUGGCUGACUAAAUACUUUUUUCCCCCACUGUAGAAUGGUCACCGUCACCACAACAAAGUCAAGGGAGACUGUCAGCUUCCAAUGUAAUCAAAAUUGACUGUCUUGAGUGUGUUUAAACUGUGCGGGUCAGUCUGACCCAUACCACAAUGGUCGUAAAUGUUUUUCAGCAAAGCACCAGGGUUAAUUAAUGGUAAAUUACCAGCUGACAAUUUAAUGACCGCCACUGCCCUAAUACUAACUACUAUAAUACUACUAGUCGCUCUGGAUAAGAGCGUCUGCUAAAUGACUAAAAUGUAAUGUAAAUGUACUCUACACAGAACCACUGCAGUACUACCACAGUACCACUACUUAUAUCUUACAUUACUACUCAUCAAUCUAACACAUUUUCUCUUUCUCUCCCUCAUCUCUUCUUUUUCUCUCCUCCCCCCUUCCAGAGUGUGUCUGUUGGAGUGUGGGGUGAGGGAGGUGAGGGUCGUAGUGGCAGCAAUAUUGGAGAAGACCUUAGAGAGCGCGCUCCACUUCGCUGACUCUGGAUUGGACAGCCUGACCGACAUGCUCCUCUCCCUUUUGGACAAAGACGUUCCUGAGAACGUCAAACACUGCAACCAAUACUUCAGCCUCUUCAGCAACUUUGCUCAGAGAGGCUCUGGUCCAUGCCAGUUGUUGUUGAAACACUCAGCGUAUCGCAGGAUGCUCAUCUUCCUCCUCGGACCCAACAGACAGAACAACCAGGUACAUGCACACAAACACUCAAUUCCUACACCACUGCAUAGAAAUGAAUAUGACAGGAUGUUGUUGUUGGUGGUUCUGGACGCUCAUGACCUUUUUCCCCUCUCCCUCUUUCUUGCUCCCUUUUCCUCUGAUUCCUUCUCGUUCUAGAAUCGGAGGUGGAGUCCAGCCCAGGCCAGAGAGUUCCUGCACCUCCACUCCACUCUGGCCCUGAUGACUCUCCACUCAGACCUCAACACACAGCGCACACAUGGUAACACGGACACACUCACCUUACCACAGUUAGGAUGGUUCCAUAAUACGCUGAUGUGUAUAACCUGAUGUGAUUGUGUGUGCGCUUCUCAGAUCAAGGUGUGUGUAAGCUGAUUGUGAGCAGUGUCCCUGCCUCCUCCCGCCUCCUCCCCCUCAACGCUGACAUCAUGGCCUCGCUCUUCAGCCCCGAGGGACAGCCUUACCUGCUAGAGGUAACACACACAUACAUACAUACAUACAUACAUACAUACAUACAUACAUACAUACAUGCACACACACACACACACACACACUCUGUCUGUAAUAAAGCCCUAUUGUGGGGGGAAAACUAAUUCUGAUUGGCUGUGUCCCUGCCCAGUCAUGUGAAAUCCAUAGAUUAGGGCCUAAUGAAUUUAUUUAUAUUGACUUAUUUCCUUAUAUGAACUGUAACUCAGUAAAAUCGUUGAAAUUGUUUGUGUAUAUGGAAGUUUAAAAAAAGGUUUUGUGUGUGUGUGCCUGCAGGUGAUGUUUGCGAUGCGGGAGUUGUCGGGCCCUCUGACUGUGCUGAUAGAGAUGGCGAUGUACUGCUCCUUCUGUAACGAACCCUUCUCCCUCGGAGUACUACAGCUGCUCAAGGUAAGAACUACAACUACCAGUUCUAAACAAAUCCAUUACCACAGAUGACUACAAAUCCCAGCACCAAACACAUCAUUACCAUUCUGAUCUGUGUGUGUAUAUAGACGCAGUUGGAGACCGCUCCGCCCCAUGAGUUGAAGAACGUGUUCCAGCUGCUGCAAGAGCUGCUGGUGAGUGACCGCUGACAAUCAAAACUGUCUGUGCAUUAGGGCUGAGCCAUUAAUUUACAGUGGCUUGCGAAAGUAUUCACCCCCCUUGGCAUUUUUCCUAUUUUGUUGCCUUACAACCUGGAAUUAAAAUUGAUUUUGGGGGGUUUGUAUCAUUUGAUUUACACAACAUGCCAAAUAUUUUUUCUUGUGAAACAAACAAGAAAUAAGACGACAACCAGAACUUGAGCGUGCAUAACUAGUCACCCCCCCAAAGUCAAUACUUUGUAGAUCCACCUUUUGCAGCAAUUACAGCUGCAAGUCUCUUGGGGUAUGUCUCUAUAAGCUUGGCACAUCAAGCCACUGGGAUUUUUGCUCAUUCUUCAAGGCAAAACUGCUCCAGCUCCUUCAAGUUGGAUGGGUUCCGCUGAUGUACAGCAAUCUUUAAGUCAUACCACAGAUUCUCAAUUGGAUUGAGGUCUGGGCUUUGACUAGGCCAUUCCAAGACAUUUUAAAUGUUUCCACUCGAGUGUUGCUUUAGCAGUAUGCUUAGGAUCAUUGUCCUGCUCGAAGGUGAACCUCCAUCCCAGUCUCAGAUCUCUGGAAGACUGAAACAGGUUUCCCUCAAGAAUUUCCCUGUAUUUAGCGCCAUCCAUCAUUCCUUCAAUUCUGACUAGUUUCCCAGUCCCUGCUGAUUAAAAAUCCCCACAGCAUGAUGCUGCCACCACCAUGCUUCACUGUGGGGAUGGUGUUCUCGGGGUGAUGAGAGGUGUUGGGUUUGCGCCAGACAUAGCAUUUUCCUUGAUGGCCAAAAACUUCAAUUUUAGUCUCAUCUGACCAGAGUACCUUCCUCCAUAUGUUUGGGGAGUCUCCCACAUGCCUUUUGGCGAACACCAAACAUGUUUUCUUAUUUUAUUCUAUAAGCAAUGGCAUUUUUCUGGCCACUCUUCUGUAAAGCCCAGCUCUGUGGAGUGUACGGCUUAAAGUGGUCCUAUGGACAGAUACUCCAAUCUCCGCUGUGGAGCUUUGCAGCUCCUUCAGGGUUAUCUUUGGUCUCUUUGUUGCCUCUGAUUAUUGCCCUCCUUGCCUGGUCUGUGAGUUUUGGUGGGCGGCCCUCUCUUGGCAGGUUUGUUGUGGUGCCAUAUUCUUUCCAUUUUUUAUAAUGGAUUUAAUGGUGCUCCGUGGGAUGUUCAAAGUUUCAGAUAUUUUUUUAUAACCCAACCCUGAUCUGUACUUCUCCACAACUUUGUCCCUGACCUGUUUGGAGAGCUCCUUGGUCUUCAUAGUGCUGCUUGCUUGGUGGUGCCCCUUGCUUAGUGGUGUUGCAGAAUCUGGGGCCUUUCAGAACAGGUGUAUAUAUAUUGAGAUCAUGUGACAGAUCAUGUGACACUUAGAUUGCACACAGGUGGACUUUAUUCAACUAAUUAUGUGACUUCUGAAGGUAAUUGGUUGCUCCAGAUCUUAUUUAGGGGCUUCAUAGCAAAGGGGGGUGAAUACAUAUGCACGCACCACUUUUCCGUUAUUUAUUAUUUAGAAUUUUUUGAAACAAGUUAUUUUUUUCAUUUCACUUAACCAAUUUGGACAAUUUUGUGUAUGUCCAUUACAUGAAAUCCAAAUAAAAAUCCAUUUAAAUUACAGGUUGUAAUGCAACAAAAUAGGAAAUACGCCAAGGGGGAUGAAUACUUUUGCAAGGCACUGUAAAUUCUGUUUUUUGGGGGGGUUAUUAAACAACUCAUUGACCGACGUCGGUUCAAUUACUUGAGUUCCAUUUAGUUCUGUUUUUUUCUGAGCCCGACGCACCAUUUGUCUAUAGAGAAAUUCAUGAAAGAAAUCAAGUCAAAAAGUAUGUGGGAUGCUGGGCUGAAGGGAGUUGUAGUGUUCAUUAAAUAAAUAUUCAAGUUCAGCGCAGAAACUUGGUAAUUAACUACAAUGACCAUAAUCCAUUGUGCCUGUUUACAGAGACGGGUACACUUUUAUGCCUGCUAUGUUAGGUUAGAUACACAGACCGCAUAGACCGCAUGAGAGAGGAAUGUACACAACACAACUAUGAGUGGGAAAGAGACCGUAAAUGAAAGUAUACCUUAUCUACAUUGAAGGAUUAGUAGAAUGAUUUGCAGCAUACUUAGGCAGACUAGCCUAGCUAAAUAGGAUGACUAAAGACAGUACAGUAUGGGGAGCACAGAGAUAACGUUAGCUGGUCUGGCUGGCUGACUGCUACUGCCUGAGCAGAGAUGAGAUGAUGACAAAAAAACAUCAAAUACAUUCUAAGUAAUAUACACAACUGGAAUGUUUUAUUAUUUCAUCAUCAUUUCAAAUUGUUCUAUUUAUGUCUACCCAAUGUGGACCUGACAGAGAAAAUUGAAUAUUUUUAAUGUUUUGGCAAUUGAAUGUUAACUGUUUUUGGCUUUGGAAUUUACAUUAAAAAGCUCUAAAAUCAUUUUUUCAUCAUUUCAUAAUGCAUUUAAUGUUUUAAAAACAAAUUAUAGAAAUCGAAAACCAGGAUAAAAAAAUGUAUCAUCGAACCGAAACCGAACCUACCUCAAAAAGCACUAAUCGCUCAGCACUACUUGCUGUCCUUGAAAACACAGUGACUAAUGUCAGCUCCAGACUGUGUGUGUAACGUGUAUGUGUAAUAUAUGUGUUAACAUGUAUACUAAACAUUAAGAACACCUGCUCUUUCCGUGACAUAGACUGACCAGGUGAAUCAAGGUGAAAGCUAUGUCACCUGUUACAUCCACUCCAAUCAGUGUAGGUAAAGGUGAGGAGACAGGUUAAAGAAGGAUUUUUAAGCCUUGAGACAAUUGAGACAUGGCUUGUGUAUGUGUGCCAUUCAGAGGGUAAAUGGGCAAGACAAAAUAUUUAAGUGCCUUUGAACGGGGUAUGGUAGUAUGUGCCAGGUGCACUAGUUUGAGUGUGUCAAGAACUGCAACGCUGCUGGGUUUUUCAUGCUCAACAGUUUCCCGCGUGUAUCAAGAAUGGUCCAGCACCCAAAGGACAUCCAGCCAACUUGACGCAACUGUGAGAAGCAUUGGAGUCAACAUGCGCCAGUGGAAUGCUUUUGACACCUUGUAGAAUCAAUUUCCCGACAAAUUGAGGCAGUGUAAUACAUGUGUAACGUGUGUGUUCUCAGGUGGUGGAGGACCCUCUCCAGACCCAGAGACUGAAGUACGCCUUUGAGUCAGAGAAAGGCCUGCUAGGUAGGCUAUCUUCCACCUUCCGCUGGUAGGGUGUGUGUGUGGAGAGUGUGUGUAUUUGCAAGGCAUGUGGAGAGUGUGUGGAAAGGCGUCAGCAUGCUUCAGUUUGUCUGGUGCCUAGCCGAACUCGGCUAGCCGAACCAACGAGUGUGCUUGCAUACUCCUUUAAAAUACUUUCUCUUAAAAACAAGAAAAAAGCGGCAAUAGUACUGUUUGUCCAUUUUCAGACGCCGUAGCCUCAAAAUAGUCAAAUGUAAUCUAAAAUAACUCAAGAAAUCUAUCAUUGAUUUUGACGUUUUUGCCAAGGAGAUCUUAGUCGCGCAAUUUUACAUCUAACUAAGGUGUUUGGUGCAGUAUUUCUCAAUUAAAAAUGUUUUUCAAUGAAAACGAGUCGUCUCUCGUUGAAUGACAAAGAAUACUUUAUUGAAGAAUCCCUACUGUUGACCAAUCACCGAUGAAGGGGCGUGGACUUCGGCUCCGAACUUCGGCUUGCCUCUAGAAAAAAAAUGUGGUUGCCCGAACAGCCGGGGAAAAAAACUCACCGAAGUCCGAAACGAACAAAAAGUCACAAAAAGUCAUCAUAAUAUAUGCACGAACUGUUUCGCCUGGGAAGCAUGCGGACGCCUUAAGGCAUGUGGAAAGAGUGUGUGUGUGUGUGACUCUUCUCUUGUUUGCAGCAUUGAUGCACCAGAGUAACAACGUGGACAGCAGCCGCUGCUACCAGUGUGUCAAGUUCCUGGUUACCCUGGCACAGAAGUGAGUUCCUCCAGAGACUGGGAAAUAUGUUCAUGUCGCCACCAUUUUCAGUAAAAACCUCUCAUUUCAUACUUCCUGGUUUCACAUAAAGUGUUUGUGUCUCUUUACUCCAGGUGUGCCCCUGCUAAGGACUAUUUUAAAGAUCUGUCUGGUCACUGGAGCUGGGCAGUGCAGUGGCUGCAGAAAAAGGCAAGCAUCAAGCACAAUAUAACACCCACACAAUUUCAGACCUGUAUGUAUGUGUGUGUACAGUUGAAGUCAGAAGUUUACAUACACCUUAGCCAAAUAAAUUUAAACUCAGUUUUUCACAAUUCCUGACAUUUAAUCCUAGUAAAAAUUCUCUGUUUUAGGUCAGUUAGGAUCACCACUUUAUUUUAAGAAUGUGAAAUGUCAGAAUAAUAGUAGAGAGAAUGAUUGAUUUAUUUAAGCUUUUACAGUGAGGGAAAAUUGUAUUUGAUCCCCUGCUGAUUUUAUACGUUUGCCCACUGACAAAGAAAUGAUCAGUCUAUAAUUUUAAUGGUAGGUUUAUUUGAACAGUGAGAGACAGAAUAACAACAAAAACGCAUGUCAAAAAUGUUAUACAUUUAUUUGCAUUUUAAUGAGGGAAAUAAGUAUUUGACUCAGAAAGAUUUCUGGCUCACAGGUGUCUUUUACACAGGUAACGAGCUGAGAUUAGGAGCACACUCUUAAAGGGAGUGCUCCUAAUCUCAGUUUGUUACCUGUAUAAAAGACACCUGUCCACAGAAGCAAUCAAUCAGAUUCCAAACUCUCCACCAUGGCCAAGACCAAAGAGUUCUCCAAGGAUGUCAGGGACAAGAUUGUAGACCUACACAAGGCUGGAAUGGGCUACAAGACCAUCGCCAAGCAGCUUGGUAAGAAGGUGACAACAGUUGGUGCGAUUAUUCGCAAAUGGAAGAAACACAAAAGACCUGUCAAUCUCCCUUGGCCUGGGGCUCCAUGCAAGAUCUCACCUCGUGGAGUUGCAAUGAUCAUGAGAACGAUGAGGAAUCAGCCCAGAACUACACGGGAGGAUCUUGUCAAUGAUCUCAAGGCAGCUGGGACCAUAGUCACCAAGAAAACAAUUGGUAACACACUACGCCGUGAAGGACUGAAAUCCUGCAGCGCCCGCAAGGUCCCCCUGCUCAAGAAAGCACAUAUAUAGGCCCGUCUGAAGUUUGCCAAUGAACAUCUGAAUGAUUCAGAGGAGAACUGGGUGAAAGUGUUGUGGUCAGAUGAGACCAAAAUCGAGCUCUUUGGCAUCAAAUCAACUCGCCGUGUUUGGAGGAGGAGGAAUGCUGGCUAUGACCCCAAGAACACCAUCCCCACCGUCAAACAUGGAGGUGGAAACAUUAUGCUUUGGGGGUGUUUUUCUGCUAAGGGGACAGGACAACUUCACCACAUCAAAGGGACUAUGGACGGCGCCAUGUACCGUCAAAUCUUGGGUGAGAACAUCCUUCCCUCAGCCAGGGCAUGGAAAAUGGGUCGUGGAUGGGUAUUCCACCAUGACAAUGACCCAAAACACACGGCCAAGGCAACAAAGGAGUGGCUCAAGAAGAAGCACAUUAAGGUCCUGGAGUGGCCUAGCCAGUCUCCAGACCUUAAUCCCAUAGAAAAUAUGUGAAGGUUCAAGUUGCCAAACGUCAGCCUCAAAACCUUAAUGACUUGGAGAAGAUCUGCAAAGAGGAGUGGGACAAAAUCCCUCCUGAGAUGUGUGCAAACCUGGUGGCCAACUACAAGACACGUCUGACCUCUGUGAUUGCCAACAAGGGUUUUGCCACCAAGUACUAAGUCAUGUUUUGCAGAGGGGUCAAAUACUUAUUUCCCUCAUUAAAAUGCAAAUCAAUUUAUAACAUUUUUGACAUGCGUUUUUCUGGAUUUUUUUGUUGUUAUUCUGUCUCUCACUGUUGAAAUAAACCUACCAUUAAAAUUAUAGACUGAUCAUGUCUUUGUCAGUGGGCAAACAUACAAAAUCAGCAGGGGAUCAAAUACUUUUUCCCCUCACUGUAUUUCUUUCAUCACAUUCCCAGUGGGUCAGAAGUUUACAUACACUCAAUUCGUGUUUGGUAGCAUUGCCUUUAAAUUGUUUAACUUGGGUCAAACGUUUCGGGUAGCCAUCCACAAGCUUCCCACAAUAAGUUGGGGUGAAUUUUGGCCCAUUUCUCCUGACAUAGCUGGUGUAACUGAGUCAGGUUGUAGGUCUCCUUGCUCGCACACGCUUUUUCAGUUCUGCCAACAACUUCCUAUAGGAUUGAGGUCAGGGCUUUGUGAUUGCCACUCCAAUACCUUGACUUUGUUGUCCUUAAGCCAUUUUGCCACAACUUUGGAAGUAUGCUUGGGGUCAUUUUCCAUUUGGAAGACCCAUUUGCGACCAAGCUUUAUCUUCCUGACUGAUGUCUUGAGAUGUUGCUUCAAUAUAUCCACAUCAUUUUCCUUCCUCAUGGUGCCAUCUAUUUUGUGAAGUGCACCAGUCCCUCUUGCAGCAAAGCACCCCCACAGCAUGAUGCUGCCACCCCCAUGCUUCACGGUUGGGAUGGUAUUCUUCGGCUUGCAAGCUAUCCCCUUUUUCCUCCAAACAUAACGAUGGUCAUUAUGGCCAAACAGUUCUAUUUUUGUUUCAUCAGACCAGAGGACAUUUCUCCAAAAAGUACGAUCUCUGUUCCCAUGUGCAGUUGCAAACCGUAGUCUGGCUUUUUUAUGGCGGUUUUGGAGCAGUGGCUUCUUCCUUGCUGAGUGGCCUUUCAGGUUAUGUCGAUUAUAGGACUCGUUUUACUGUGGAUAUAGAUACUUUUGUACCUGUUUCCUCCAGCAUCUUCACAAGGUCCUUUGCUGUUGUUCUGGGAUUGAUUUGCACUUUUCGCACCAAAGUACGUUCAUCUCUAGGAGACAGAACGCGUCUCCUUCCUGAGCGGUAUGAGGGCUGCGUGGUCCCAUGGUGUUUAUACUUGCAUACUAUUGUUUAUACAGAUGAACGUGGUACCUUCAGGCGUUUGGAAAUUGCUCCCAAGGAUGAACCAGACUUGUGGAGGUCUACAAUUUUCUUUCUGUGGUCUUGCCUGAUUUCUUUUGAUUUUCCCAUGAUGACAAGCAAAGAGGCACUGAGUUUGAACGUAGGCCUUGAAAUACAUCCACUGGUACACCUCCAAUAGACUCAAAUGAUGUCAAUUAGCCUAUCAGAAGCUUCUAAAGCCAUGACAUAAUUUUCUGGAAUUUUCCAAUGCACAAUCAACUUAGUGUAUGUAAACUUCUGACCCACUGGAAUUGUGAUAGUGAUUUAUAAGUGAACAAUUGUUGGAAAAAGUACUUGUGUCAUGCACAAAGUAGAUGUCCUAACCGAGAAAUUUGUGGAGUGGUUGAAAAACGAGUUUUAAUGACAACCUAAGUUUAUGUAAACUUCCGACUUCAACUGUGUGUGUGUGUGUGUGUGUGAGAGGAGAGAGAGUUUGUGUAACAGUGUGUGUUUCUCUGUCAGAUGUCGGAACACUACUGGACCCCUCAGAGCAACGUGUCCAAUGAGACGUCAACAGCCAAAACAUUCCAGCGCACCAUCUCAGCCCAGGACACGCUGGCCUACGCCACAGCACUGCUCAACGAGAAGGAGCCGUCUGGCAGCAGCAACGGCUCUGACGGCAGCCCAGCCAACGAGAACGCAGACCGCAGCCUCCGACAGGUACACACACACAGUCCGGCAGUGUGUUUCACAGAGACAUAGCAAGUAUGAAGAGCUCAGUAACGGUCCUAGAAUAGGGGUAUUGUCACUUCUCAGGACUGGGCUGGGCUCUAAUCUUGGCUGGAGAGUUUUGUAUGAAUCGGUUUCAUAGAAACUCUAUAAAGAUCUCUUUACUCUGAAAUGCCACGUCUCCUGUAAUCUCUCUCUCGCCCCACUCUCUUUAUCUCAGGGUUCCGAGUCUCCCAUGAUGCUAGGUGAUUCAAAGAGUGAUCUGGAGGAUGUCGACCCUUAG